AGUGCGCUUGCGCAUGACAAGUUCCCCCGGAAGUACUUUCAGGCACGUGUAGCAUUUUUGACAACCUUGAAAAUACACCAAAACAACCACCUGGAAGCUUAUAUAGCACAGAAAAACGCUCCAGAAAUGCCAGUCACAAGAGUCUUGUAAGUAACAGGUUUUUACUUCUCCGUUAAUGUCGCCUUAACCUCGAGGUAGUUUUUCUCAGUCCAGUGGUUUGAAUAUUUGCAACACCAGAAACAAUGCUAACGUUAGCAUCUUACAGCUGUUUUGUGUUUCUGAAGACUUUUAAUUAUACACAAGGCGCAUUUAUAUGUGUUGUCUAUGCGUCUUCAUGGACGUCUAAUAAAGGUACGCAGAAGGGCAAUGGCAGGUAUUAGCCAGCUGAGCUAAAAACAAGAGGCCGUUAACAGGAAGCUACAGUCGUAAUACAGUAGCUAUGCAGGUUUCCAUGACACCCAGGUCAAACCCAAAGGUGCAAUUUUUUACCUUUUUCUUUCUUUUCUUUUUUUUUCUGUGGAGCUUACACAGUGUGAUGUUAAAGGUUUUAUCUGCUUUACCUAAAAUUUUCUAAAUGAUACCAUGUACACCCCCUGUCCAGAAAAAAUAAAUAAAUAAAUGUGCCACUUUUUAACUGGCUGUUUUAAAAAGAAAAAAAAAUCCAUGUUUUCAUUUUCUCAAGACUGGACUACUGUAACUCUCUCCUCCCUGGUCUAAAUAAGAAAUCACUCUCUCGCCUCCAACUAGUUCAGAAUGCAGCAGCUAGGCUUUUAACUGGUUUUAGUAGACGGCGUCACAUCACUCCAAUUUUAGCCUCCCUUCACUGGCUUCCUGUCAGUUUUAGAAUUGAUUUUAAAAUUUUAUUGAUUACUUUUAAGGCGCUCAAAGGACUUGCUCCGAGCUACUUUUCAGAGCUUUUAAUACCUUAUGAGCCAACUCGCACCCUCAGAUUCUCUUGUGAAGGUGUCCUAGUCGUUCCAAAGUCGAGGCUCAAAACUAAAGGUGAUAGAUCUUUCUCCAUCAGAACUCCUUGACUUUGGAACGACCUGACAGAGGAGAUAAGGCGUAAAGCAGAGAUAGUCGCUUCUUUUAAGUCGAAUUUAAAAACUCACUUUUACAGACUUGCUUUUAUGUGAUGCCUUCUUUUCUCUUUUUUGUUUUAUCUCUUUUACCUCUAUCUUAUUUUGACUUACGAUCCUUUUAGCCUUUGUUUUACUUAUAAUCUUUUCUUAUUUUACCUUUUAGGUCCUUUAUUUAUUUUAUUGUUUUUUCCUGCUCAUUUUUAUUAUUCCAUUUUAUCAUGAACAGUACCAUCAGUAUUAUUUUAUUAUGAUUUUAUUUUCAUUAUUGAUAUCCUCUUUAAUAAUUACUAUCCUGUUUCCUGCUUUCUGCCCUCUUUUCUAUUUCAUUUCUGCUUCUUACCUAUUUUUAUGUUUUUAUUUUGGUCCUCAUGGUCUCAUUUUAUGUUGUAGGGUUCUUGUAUUGCCUGGGUUUCUUGUGAAAAAUGAAAUUGGCUUUCAAUUCGGAGGUCUUCUUUUUGACUAAGCUUUUGUUUUUAAAUGUUUUUAUUUUAUGAUUUUCAUGUGCUGAUGUUCUGUGCUUUGCAACUGUUUGUCAAAGCACUUUGUAAACUUCUGUUUUUAAAACUGCUAUAUAAAUAAAGUUAUUAUUAUUAUUAUUAUUAUUAUUAUUAUUAUUAUUAUUGUUUAACAUUCAGCCUUCAAAAAUCCAGUUUCUUUCACAUAGUUGUACUACAAUAAUCAUGUGAUUACUAAAACAUGUUUAAUACAAGUGAGGCUCUAAUUUUUUUCCCAUUUGCAAAUAUUGGAAAUACUUGCAUGGAUGAUACUAUAUGUGAUAAGAGUCUGCUUUCCUCUUAGAUUCCCUCUCUACCAGCUUGGAAAUCCUCAGAUGAGGAUCUUCCGACCAAACUGGUUCCUAACCCUGGUGAGGCCAGGAAGAGAGCAGCCUCCUGACACUGUACAGUUUCGCAUCCCAAUGGAGUAAGUCAUUGAUUACAUCUUUCUCUGAGCAUUCUGAAGGAAGGUUUUUUAGAAAGUACCACAUUUUUACUCUAUGGCGGUUGUUUUCCAACUCUUGAAUGUGUUGGAUCUCUGUUGUAGUGAAAUAUGAAUUUCAUUGUAGACUUCUCUCAUUUAGGAUUGACUUGAAGCACUACUGUCAAUGUGAAUUGUAAUAUAGGGAAAAUGCAUGUACCUCCUGCUACCAAACUAAAUCUGAAACCUUUCUGUACAUGUGUGGAGAUGCAGAUAUAAGCUCUUCAGAAGAAAACUGUUGUGAAAUUAUCAGGAAAUAUCUGUUUAGUCUUUCAGUUUCACUGUACCUGCACACUUUUGCGUUCCUCAUGCUGCUGUGGCUCAUUAAAACACGUGCCACGAUUUUAAUUACGAUGUUUAAUUUUCACUAGAAUUGAGUAAAACGGAGUCCACUCUACAAACGGAAAACCUAAUAUUUGGAAAUUGCUAUUGCCUACACUUAAAGAUUCUAAUUUGUUUUCAAGAUUCAAAAUAUGGGAGGUACAGUGGUGUAGUGGUUAGUACUGUCGCCUUACAGCAAGAAGGUCUUGGGUUCAAUUCCGGCUCAGGGCUUUUCUGUGGAGUUUGGAUGUUCUCCCUGUGUCUGUGUGGGUUUACUCGAGGUACUCCGGUUUCCUCCCGUAUCCCAAACACAUGCCUAAGUGGUGUUAGGUUAAUUGGCCACUUUCAAAUUGCCCUUAGGUGUGAAUGUGAGUGUGGAUGGUUGUUCGUCUCUAUAUGACUAAAAUAUAGUAAGUAUUACAGAAAUAUUUACAAAGUGCUCAAGCAGUGCAGUAGCUUCUAUCAAAGUGUACAUGUGUGUGAUGGGGGAUAAGUCAGUGGGAUAAAUGAGGUGUGAACUGCCAUAUUGCAUGAUAUUGCACAUCACAGAUAAUAUUGCACAGUUAAGUAGGUUAUUGCACAGUUAUUACAGGUAUUGCAGAGGAAAUAAGUAACAGAUAUGUAUGACAUGCAUGACAGUUGCAUAUCUAUGAUUUACAUAGACUGUAUAUACUAUGGACAACUUGGAUCUGCCUCCCGCCUGUAUACAGAUUUGAAGCCAAAAAACUCUCGGUAUUUCCGGGAUUUUUCUUCAUUCCCUGAAAACCAGCGCUGUGCAGUAGCAUUGUGCACAUUCCGUGGGAGAGUCGCCGAGAGUCGCUGUGAUGACACUCGGCUCAAACAGCGUAUCCCCCGCAUGAGCUACGCAAUUCCUGAACGCCAAUAGGCUGUAUCAGGUGUCAAUCAAAGAAAACGUGAACCCCCUAAUAACUUUUAAAAACAGGACUUGAGCACAAACCAGUCUUAAUGUAUCUACAUGUCAACAUUGCAAGCAGGGGGGAGAAAAAUUUAUGUUCUGUGUAAAAAAUUUCUAAAGUUUGUCCACAGCUGGCGGAGGCGGGAUUUAUGACCUAUACUGCAGCCCGUCAACAGAGGGUGCUGUUCUUGGAGUGGCUUCACCCAGUGAGGAGGCAGAUGCUGUCUGUACAGUCUAUGAUUAUUUAUUUCCUUUGUUUGUUUGGAUCAGAGUUAUUGAAGCUGGUUACUCUUGUCAGACUGAACAGAAGUGGUUUAGUGUCAUUCAUACAUGCUUUAACAUACAAUAAAAAACAUGCUCCUGGUAAAAGGGUGCAGUGAUUUGGUUUUUAUUUGCAUUAUCUUGCUUGAACUAAAUGAUGCAGGUGUAGUUGUGUAAAAUAGCCACCAGAUGGUGUUAUUGCUCCAUGCACAUGCAGCAGAGUUGUAAGUAGACAGUCUUACUUUGAUCAACCAAGUCGCAGUGAUGACUGGCAAAAGGCAGACAUGGACAGUGGGUUGAGGUAGGGUCAAAGUGUUUUUAUUUGGCACUGUAGUGGAGGGGCAAACAAUGUUUUCCAUAACCAGACGUCAAACUUAAAGUCAUGCAGAACAGCCAAUAUUGUAUUUUCUUGAUUCUUCCCCAAAAGUUAUUUUUGAUAGAGUAUGCUGUUUAAGACACAUUACUACCUCUUAAUUUUGCACAUGAAUGCUUGUUUGCUCUAUAUACUCUGAUGAGCUAAUUUUGACCACUUUUUGCGAGCCAAGGUCAGUGAGGUGAGCAGAGCUCUCCUCAGGCAAGCAGACGGCCAGAGCCCACACUGGGGAGAAGAAUUUAAGUUUGAGGCAGAUCAUCUAUGUGUCUCUGGUGGGGUUUAGACCAUAAUCUGUUCAUCCAGGUGCCUGGCCUCCCACUCUGAUUCUUGCCUCUCCUCUGCCAAACUCCUAGGGUGCUUAUGUAAUUGUGUGUGUGUCUGUGUGAAUGCUUGUCAGUGUGGGUGAGUGAGUUUUGUGAGAACGGUGUGUCUUUGUGUAAGUUUGCACAAAAGUGGGUAAGUGCAGGGUGCAUGUGUGUUUAUAAGGGUGUGUAAGUUUUUUUUUUCUUUUUUUUUGCAGUCUUUGAUGCAUGGGAGAGGUGCAAGGCUGAUUGAAAUGCUGUUGGAGCUUCAGUGUAUUCUGUAACGCUGUUCUUUUAUUACCCAUCUUACACAAUGUAGUAAACGGACACAUACCACAAGACAGUGACAUAAACCAAAUAUUACUCCCACUGGAGCUUAUUGAUGAGUCUGAGUCAUUAGGGCAGUGAAAGCUGUUGUGGUUGUAACUCAAGAGGAUAGGUUAGCAGUGAGGGUAAGUUGUCGUGCUGAGCAGCUGUUAAUGAGAAAUGGCAAUGUUGCUGUUCUCAGGGCAAUAAAACAAGGUAGCCUUUAUCUGAAUGACACCUGGGAGCUUGAUACUCAUGGUUGCUUGCCUGUUUUUUUUUUUUUUGUUUCUUGUUUUCUUGCUUGUCUUUCUCCAUCUUCUGCCUCUGUCUAAGCCUGGGCUCUGUUGUUUGUUCGGCUUUUCUUAAACAAUUUGCAAUGCAUCCAAAAGCAAUCCUCCCUUGGCACGGGUUGUUUGAGACACCUGGGCCGCGUUGUCUCAUAAUUCUCUUUCUACGUACUUAAGGGAAGUAUUUAUUUGUCUGUUUGUUCCCAAACCUUUUGUGCUUUGUUAGUAUUUCCUCUCAGCUCUAGUAGAAAGAUCAUCAAAUUUCUAGGUUUACACCCACACGAGCACUUCUUGUGCCUCACCUGGCAUGGGUUACACACACACACACACACACACACACACACACACACACACACACACACACACACACACACACACACACACACACAGUCUCACUUAAAGAAAAGAACACAGCGUCCAGAGCUGUGCUCAGUUAUUUCUUCGGUCACAUUUCAUGCUACUACUGUGUUUAUUAAGUAUGAAACCAGGCCUGGCUGGGGUUUCUCACAGUAAUCAGGCAUGAGCAAACUGACCCUGCUACACAACAUCUCACAUUGUCUUUCCACUCUGUCAACUACUCAGUACCUGUUGGAUCAAACAAUGUUAUGAUCACCAUGGCAAUAGCUCUGCGUCUGUUUGCCUGUUCCACUUUGUUAACAGGUGGUUUGAGUUGGAAACUGGGUUGUUUUUUGUGCUAAUUAACCCGGCGUAUGUCAAAGGAAGUUAUGUAGUGAACAAGCAGAUGAGGGUAACUUACUGCCGGGUCUCAACUGACCUGUCCCUCUGUAAGAAGUUUGGUGACUCCAGAUGACCUGUUCUUUGAUCUGUUUCUGUCUCAUUGUCAGAGCAGAGCCUGAACAAUAUAUCUAAUCCUUCACACGCUGCUCUGAUACUCUCAGCUUCCAAACUGUCUUCUCUCCUCGAGUCUCAGGUUCCUCAGUGGCUCUCCCUGCUAUUAUGAUCUUGAUACUUGGUGUUGAGCAACUCCUGUGCGUGUAUUGUCUGUGCAGAUGGGAGGGUUAAAGCAGUGAGUGUGCGUAUCUGGACUCCAACCUGACAAUAGGGCAGGCUGACAAUGUGGAGCGGCUUUCCCUAGCCUUUCAUCUUUGCAGAAAACAACUCUCCUGUUUCAUUCUCACCACUCAGCCGCUCUGACACAAUGUACUUUGAUGUUUGUGUGUGUGUGUGUAUGGGUCGUCUGGUGUUCCUUGGAUGACAAAUCUAUUUUGUGUAAGUAAACAUAGACAAAAAAGUCCGAGACACAUGUUAGAGCUAAGCAUAUUCAGUUUUUUCUUGAGAUUUUAAGUUUAAACUUGGUUUUCUGUUGAGGUUUUUGAGCCUGAAGUUUACUGCGCACUUAUAAAAUCACUUAGUUUUGCUGUAAAUCUGUCAACAAAUUAACAUCUGUGCCACCCUUGUUGGAGAAAGACAAGGCGACAAGUUCGAGACAAAAGAAGCUGGAUACUCAGUGAUAAGUAAGGGGAGUUUCUUUUCCUCCAAACAUACUGUAAGUGAGCACUUAUUGCCUGUAACUCUGCAUCACCUUUAUGUGUGGCUGCAGCCUCUUCUUUUCCAUUCCCUUGUAAUACUACAAGUUUAUCUGCCGACCAAAAUGGCACCAUAAAAGUCCAAAUAAAGAUGCAGCCCAGUUUGUAUCAAACAAGGAGCCACAUUAAAACUUUCCAGUGGUUUGCCAAGUGGAGUUGCUAAAACAAGCAACCUUUCCAAAAAGGAUUCAUGGUAGCCACAAAAAGCAUGAUGGUCACUGAAUCAUCCCUUUACAAAGUAAUGUUUGUCUUGAAACAGAAAGGACAGCACCCCCAUUCUUUGAAUCAAAUGUUGGUGUAGCAAUUACUAAUUUACAAGGACUGCGGCGUGGCAUCCAGUCUAUACAGAGGCGCACGCAUGCAUGUACCCACACACACACACUCACUCACCAUUUUAAAAAUGUGAUUCACUGUGAUGAUCUCCAAACCUGAGCAAAGAUGGAUGUAAUAAGCUUCCAACCAUGUUCUGUCACUUUCCUGUCAUUAAACCAGCUGGCUGUUGUCAGCCGACAGAGAGGGUUUACGGCAGUGUGCCCUCUAACCAUGUGGAAAUGAGUCAUUAUGAUUUAAGCCUACAGGUGGCAGCAAUACACUGAGUACUAUACAAACAUUAAUGUAGUCAUACAUUCAUACACAAUUGAUGAGGUUAGACCAGUGGGCAGUAACAAAUACCCCUGAUGUAGUUGUUUGAACUUCAUUUAUGUUACACUUAUUUUUACUGUAUUUAUGUUGUUUGAUCAACUUUUUCCUGUUCAUUCAAAUUUCACUCAAGUUCACUCUCGUGAACAUAUGCAGCAACAUUACUGACACGCAGCAUUUAAUAUACAUGCUAUUUUAGAAUCAUUAUGGAUGUUUCAGAUUUAUGAUUCUGACAUUUGCAUUGCAGAACUGUCUGCACGUUGAUAUCUUCUUCUUCUUCACUCUUUCUGAAUUGACUUUUCAAUCAAAGUGGUACUCUCAAAAUUGUUCUUUUUAUUAGUUUCUCUUAAUUUUGAGUCAAAGCCAUACCUGUGGAGCAACAAAGGAAGUAUAUGAUAGUCAAUAUUUAUGUAUAAAUGUUGCCUUUUGCCAUACUAACAUACAUAUUUGUUGAGUCCCAAAGUGAUAGUAUUAUGUUGUGGGAUUUUAUCUCAGUUAAACUUCUGUUGCCAUAAUACUAGAAAAGCUCUACUCCCCAGAUAAAAACAAGAACAAGCAAUUGAUGGCGUCUCAGUUUGGCAAUAUUCUGAUCUUGAACAUGUUUGUAUACACCGUGUGUAGUUGGACUAGCUUAUGUACAACAUGUAACCAACACAGGCAUGUGAACAUUAACCUGUGAGGGUGGCUAAAGGAUGGUGGUACUAGCUCUACUAAUUACCCACACUCAGCAGACCAAUUUGACAUUGUUCAGCUGCAGACUCAUUGAUCAUAUGAUUAGCCCUGACACAUUUUAAAAGUUUGAGCACUUUCUUUUUCAUUUUGUUUGAACAAAUGGGGAAUUAGUUGCUUCAUAACAUCCGUAUUCUAGUCAGCAUUUUACACAGACAAAAAAGAAAGAGGAUGCAGGAGAUGAGGGAAGGUAUCUUAAAAGUGGGAGUGCACCUCAUGAUCAUGGCUGUGAUGUGGACUGAGUGUUGAAUCUCAGUCCAUCAGGACCAUCUUCCUUUUAUGACACUUGUUGUUAUGAUUAAUUUAUGUUUAAAUAUACCGGUGGUGUUGUACUCUAAAUCAGCACUCAUGGAAUACCUCCUGUCCAAUCAAGUAGCUGGGUCAGAACAGAAAAAGGAUUUUCAGCUUCUUCAAACAUUAUUCAACCAAUAAUCCACAUCUGUGAAACCCAAGUGUUUUAGUCAAUAUUUAUUGAGUAGUAUUGGCGGUUGAGGUCAUUGUCAUUGUUACUGGGUGGCUGUAUAGAGCAUCUUUUGUGCACAUCAGAGACGACACCCAUUCACCUGGCAGAUGUUCUUUUAGCUCUCAUAGACAAGUGGCAUACAGUGGUCUUUCUCCCGGCUUUCAGAAUACAUUAAUUAUCCUUAUUGUCAGUGACUGUCAAAGCUGCCUCUGUCCUGUCCUGCACUUUUUCAACUGCGCCCUUUCACCUACUUCUCUCAUGUGCCUUUUGGGCACAGGUGUUAAUGGACCGCCUUAUUCAAUUGGAAGUGAUACUUACAAUCUGUUGGGCUCAGUGUGUGUCAGCCCACACUUAAGAAUAGGAAAUAUCCAGGAGCAUGUAGAUCCAUAGCAGAGGAGGGAUUACUUUUCAAGAGCAGCUAAAAGAGGUGAGUGCUUUAAACUUCAGUUGGGGCAGCUACUGUAAUGUCAUGCACAAACGACAAUAUCAAAGCAGAGAAAAACAAAAACAUUACCAUGUUCUUUUCCAUGCCUCUUUUUUCUCAAACCACUUGAUAUCAAAUUUGGGUUUCGUUUCUCCCCUCCACACCCCCCUUGAACGAUGUAGGACAAUAUAACUUUUCAAAUUGUUUUCUAACAAUGAAGGCACUGUGCCUGUUUUAAACCUGCUCAGCAUAACAGACUAUAAUUGAACCUAAUCCAUCUUCUGCGUCAUCUGAUGCCUUUCUUGGUUUUGUGUUUGGUGUUCUUUCAUCGUCUUGAAGGAGAAAUCUUUGUAGCAUGCGUGUUUGCGUAUAAAUAUAUACCAGUUGCUGAGGAACGAUGCCUUUUAAACUUGGCAGUUGCUGAAGACAGGUUUUCAUUCUUCCUGUGAGGCAGAAGUGUGAAAGGUUAGCUUGUGGAGUCAGAUGGGUGUUUAUACCGGGAUGAUGAUCAGAUGCUGCCUGCAUCACUAUUGGAGACACCACGCCCUUUGACUAAGUUUAGCCUUGUUUAUGUACAAGCUUAACUUGACAUUUUCUCCUCAGCUUUCAGCCCAAGGCUUUAUUUCCUCCCGGAUUCCAGUCUGUAGCUAAAAUUAAAGUCAUGUAUUGACUCAGGUCAGAAAGAAAACAGGAAUCUAAUUUUACCACAGUAAAUCUUGUGUUAACCGUUUAAACAUGUGGAUGUAUUCAUAGCGCAUCUAUAAAUAUAUGAUGGUGGUAAUGAUGGUAUUCUGAAAUUUAUCUAUGUAGAAAUUCCUGAAUUUUUAUACUACGUUUUCGCUUGAAAUUUUGACAUAUUUAGAAUUUACUUAUGUUUAGACUGUGACGUGUCUAUUUUUGUAUCUUUUCUAAAAAAUUUGAAGCCAUUGCUAACGCGCUCUUAUUUAGCAUGUUUUGUGUGCAUGGGCAUCUUUUGCAGGGAAUCAGAUUCAGCUGUGGUAACACAUGCUUUCUAAAUGCUUUCUCUGUGUUUCUGGUGGCUGGAUAAUUGGAGUUGUAAAAGUAGUAGGAUUCAGAUGCAGAACUGUUCUCAUUAAUCAGGAUCAGUGUUCCCUCUGUUAAUGAUCCAGGGGAGACCUCACAAUCCCCAGGCCACUUUCCCCCCUCCCAAUUCCCCGCCCUGCUUUCUAGGAAAACUCAUCUCACAGCGCAAUCACUCUCUCUUUAUUCCUCUUGAUCUCAAGUACCCCGGUCACUGUGCUCUGCUUCACUGCCCUCUGGCACACACACUGCAAAGACGGGGGUUUUGGGGGGAGGUGGGUGCAAAUGGAGCAGAAAGGCGCAUCUGCAUGCCAUAUCUUAGGAAACUCAUUUUCCCACUCAUGUCUGGGUAGAUAGAAACAAAGAGACCUUAAAGAGUUUGUUUGUGCCUCUCUUUUCUCGGUAGUAAAGAAGCUCCUGAGUCGUAACUUUAUGAGUAGUCCUGGAUCAGUGUCAGGGCUGAGAGGGGGAGCUUAGGGUGUACUUAGCUCUCUCGUCUCUCGGUCGUAGCUGCAUAAAGCCGGUGUUUGGAAGAAAAGCCCUAUCAUACUUUGCCCCAUCAAACCCACCAGCUUUUCGUUACCAUGGCAUCAAAUGUGGAAAUAGUUACCCAAGUAUCGUAAAUGAAGGCUAACCUCUCUAAUCAACGGAACUCAACCCAGAGAGUCAAAUGGAAGUGUUAUGUGUCUACAUCAGAGUAAGCUUUGUCAAAUUUUGGCAUAUUAUCGAGGAAAAGGCAAUUGUUUGUACAGCAUGGAAACAUUAUGUUACAUCAUUCGGGGGUACAAAGAGGCUUUGUGUUCACAGACGGGAUUUUCUCAUGCAAAUGUUUGCCUCACCCAAUAUUGUUACCAAAGCACAAGGUGUUGUGCUGUUUCCUCUGAAAACUCGAGAAUAUCACAUUAUGUUCUUCUAUCAAAGAAACACAUGAGAUGAUAGACUCCAUAUCCGAGGCACUCAUGUCAGACCACAGCGUCGCUAUUAAGCACUUUGUCAGACGCAUUUGCGAAGUGCUCUCUACCAGACUAAUCCAAUUGGCUAGAGAUUGAUUAGCAGUUAAAAGCCCUUCUUCCUCUGGUCGGAGUGAUCCCUUCCAAAUGCUGCCCAGUGGGCUAGCUUUAGCAGGACUGGCCCACCGGAUCAGUUGGUGCCAGGCGCACUUCCUGUGUAGGGUUUCACCGGGAGCGAUCAAUACACGCAGACAGCUAAUUGGAUGAACACUGACACUCUCAUUUCUCUACUCCCCACUUUAUGGUCCAGAGAAUAAAAGCUGAAUAGGGGUUUAUAGUGGAACUUCCUGUCUUGUUACAGUAGGGAAUAUACUGAAUUUAUGGGAAUGGAGUGAGGAAAUUGGCUGUAUAAUUUCUAUAUCUGUUUCAAUUUAAAGCAUAGGUUGUUAGUUGAUGCAGAGGGAUCCAGUGUAUAACCUGUCAUAACCUCAGAUAUCCCUCCUCGCUCACACUCUCUCGCUGUCCAUAAACACUUUCAACAAUACUCACCUCACACCAACACUGAUACUUGUUGCCUUGCAUAACCCCUGUAGUAUUUUCCCUCAACCUCCUGUUAGUGUGUUUUUCUCUAAUCAGUGUGUUCUCUGUAUGCCCGUACAGGAUGACCAAAUUUGAUGUGAAGAACUACCUGGAGAAGAUUUAUAGUGUCCCAGUUGGAGCAGUUCGCACCAGGAUACAGUUUGGUGAGUCUGCACUGCUUUGCACAAGUUCAUAGAACUGGAAGUGCUUGACACUAACUCUCAUUUAUUUAGCAAAUUUUGUACCUGCUGUUGAAGAGGUGACUACUACACACCAAUAGCUGCUAUUCACAUGAUUGGGAAGUACUAGUUAGUGAUGGACUGUUCAGUCUUCACAGGUCCUUUCUAGGCCUUGUAACUCUUGACUUGGUACCAAGUAAAAGGUCCAAAUGACUUUUCGUAAUUGUAGGCAGGAUCUUAAUGUAGCGACAUGAGUCUUGCCAGUGGGCCAUUUUGAGAAACAUAAAACUCUGGGGUGUGUGUGACCCAGGCCAGUAUUCUGAAUUGGUACUUAGCGUGUUUUCCUGUCAUCAGUCAUACUCUGACUACAACAUGUAAAUACAUUGAAAGAAAUAGUGAGGAGAUUUUAUUUCAGGUCAGUCUGAUGUUAUUGUAUGACUCAUCGACAUUAUAUCGAGGAAACUUUUGUGGUGGAGGCUCAUUACAUCCAUCAUGGCUCUACACCUAUGUAAAGACAUGGAGUCCAUCCAAAUUGUUAAAAGAGAUGGUGUUAAGUCAGUGGUGAAAACACUAGAGUCAUGGUCAGCAAUACCCGGCCACAAACAUUGCAUCCAAAUUAAAGCCCUGCUGCAGCUGUUGGGGGUAAAUUGAGGGAAUGGUUCACCGAAAGUCUCAGUAAACUCUAAACUGCCAAGUGUGUUAACUCCUGCCUCCUCUAACAUUGAGGGCUACAAUGGGCCUAAAGUUUUCCUGAACAAGGCCAAGUGCUUGUGUUUGUGAACAUAAACAGCCAACUUUUUAUAUCCCACCAACCUCCCAGUAUGAAUUAGAAAUAGAGUUCAGGUGUGGGAACUUAGCUGAAAAAUUCACAUUAAGUAAGCCAAUGUCAGUGACGAUGCCUCUGUCUUUAGGCUGGUGUUUGAUCUAGUUUUGCUGCUUGCUUGUUAAGUACUACUGUUAUGCAAAUCACUAGCAGAGGCCUCCAGUUUGUGCUAGAGCUGGGCGAUUAACUGAAUUAUUUCCAGUAAUUCAAUCGAUUCAAUUUUAUUUUUUAAAUUGAUGUGAAAAAUUAAAAUCUCAACAUUCAAUUUAAGAUUUCCCUGGCUGUCCGUUGUUUUGACCUUGCACAUGUAAUACAUGCAGUCACCAAACCAGGAGGACUGGUGCUGUGUCAUAAACAAACUGUGGUCAACAUCUGUUUGCGCAUGACCGAUAGAUGAAGAACACACGUAACACAAGAUACCUGUGAGCCGGUAAACAAGAAGGAUGGAUAGAGGUCGGACACAGAACAGACCAGUGUGCUAUUCAAAGUUUCUAAAAAGAUUGUAAAGACAAAGGGAAGUGGCUAGGACUGGGCGAUUAUAUGGUUGUGAUUAAUGAUCAUUAUUAAUUUCAGUUCGAUUGCGGUGAUCAGCUGUAAGCAUAUUUACUCAAUCAAACGUAGUGGAAAUGUGUGUGACAACAGCCAAUCAGAGUAGAGUUUUUCCUGCUCAUUGCUGUUAGUUGCCGGAGACGUAAACAGGAGAAGUAAACAGAGUGACCGACCGUGGAGCUAAGAGCGGAGCUGAGAGCAGCAAAAUAGAUUUCAGCCAUGACUUUGAGUCAUCCUCCGAAGAUACCAUUGUUGAGAAUAAAAGUUACUCAAUGUGAGUUGUGUGGUGGUGGUUCGGGUAUCUCCAAAGUGACAUUGAGCAAUUAAGCCAAUGUGCAAGGUAUGUCGGCAGUCGGUGCGGUCUGCACAGCGUGCCACUGCUGACGGCACAAGUAGCAUUAGCAGUUUAGCCACAACUAGCGGUGCAGCCCCCAGACCAAAGCAGCAAUCAAUCGUAUCAUCUACGUUUCCAUCAUCUAAUGUUUACAUUUUAAGGCAUCUUCAUUAACCUUGAGGGGUGAUUUGUUUAUUUUGGGUCUUGCAUACUUGCAUUAACACUCAGGACUGUAAACUAAUUCAGUUUAUUCAUCUACAUUUGUUGUUCAUCUUAUUUAAUUUGCUUUGUUAUUUACUUGUAUGUUAGUAAAAUGUUGAACUAAUCUUUAGUUUCUUUAGUUUUUAGUACAGAUGCUUUAAAGCUGGCAGUUUGAAAAAAUACAACAAAAAUCGUGAUAAUAAUCGAAAUCAGACUAUAUGACUAAAUAUACUGUGAUCAUUUUUUUUCCAAAUCGCCCAGGCCUAGAAGUAGCACAACAAAUCCCUACCAGCACAUCAAGCAAAUGUCCGACAGAGUGGGAGCAAUGUGUGAGGCGUCGCCUCACAAGCCCUGAUGCUAGCUCUAUGAAAAAAAAAAAAAAAAACUCCAGCUAAAGCAGAGCAUAGUGUCACUGCAGUAUUUUCCAAAGUAACGCCAUAUGACAAAUCAGAACAGAGAUAGAAUGAUAUUUCAAAGCGGUGGCCUUUUAUGUACAUGCCACAGAGCACGCCUCAAGCCAGAGUCUGUUGAUAGACUUGUUUUCUUGGUAAGAAAUUUUAAACUAUAAUCCAGCUGGGGGAGAAGCAAGUUGAUGCAUAGGUGUUUAAAAAGUGUUCAUUUUUGUUCGGAUAUAUGAUUGAGAUAAUCGUGACAAGAUUUAAUGCUUACUUAAAAUUUCAUUUGUUGUAUUGCAUUAAUUGCACUUUUUUCUCCAGUCAUACAGUACUGUUUUAUUUUUUUUUUUCAAUACAGUGCCCAUGCAAGAGUUCUUGCUAAAUUACCUCAACAACAGUUAUAUUGCAAAAAACUGCAGAUGUUGUGGCAUCCGAUAAAGUUUCUUAUUUUUGAAUUUACACAGGGAAAAAUUGAUUACAAUCAUGUAUUGGAUUUUAAGCUGAAAAAAUCAAUUAAGAUUUAAUUUUUUGGCCGUAUCACCUAGCCCUUGUUUGUGUUUUUUUUUUUUUCAAUGUUAUCAGGUCACAAAUGGGUAGGUGCACAGUAAGAAUAAGGCAAGCAUGUUUUGGUACUCUACUGUUCCUGAAAGAGAACUGUACCUCAAUUUUCCAUUCCCCAUCAAAUAAUGUUUCUGGUACAUGAUCACUUUAUAUCACACCCCUAUCUUCUCCCUUUCUUUGUCAAAGUGAAUAGAUUCAUCACACACAUAGAUUUUCAAAAGUUUAUUUCCCUAAUUUUUUAUGACUGUAACUUACAGCUAAUGAAAGCCAUCUCAGAAAAUUUGAAUAUUGAAUAAGUUCAAUAUUGGACUCAUGGUGUCAUGCUCUCAUUAGAUGAUUAACUCAAAAUACCUGCAAAGGUGUCCUGAGCUUUUAAAUGGUCUGAAAGUCUGGAUCAGUAGGCCACACAAUCAUGUAAAAAUCUGCAGACUUGACUGUUGUCCAGAAGACGAUCAAUGGCACCAUGCACAAGGAGGGUAAGACACUAGAGGUCAAUGUUGAAGAUGCUACCAUGCUUUAUCCAAGCACAUUUAUGGAAAGCUGAAAGUGAGGAAAAAAAUGGGGUAGAAAAGGGUGCAAAAGCACCAGAGAUAACUGCCGCCUUGAGAUGAUUGUAAAAGGAAGCCUAUUAAAGAAUUUGCAGGAGAUUGAGUGGACUGCUGCUGAGGUCAAUGCUUCCAAGAACCACCACGCACAGACAGAUCCGGGACAUAGCCUUCAACUGUAGCAUUUCUUGUGUGUGUUUCACUUUUUGAACUGAAUUACUGAAAUAAAUCAACUUCUUGAUGAUCAUCUAAUGGGGCUGCACGAUAUAUUGUUUGAGCAUCGUCAUCACGAUGUACCUGUGCGCAGUUGUCACAUUGCAGAGCCAGCGAUAUAGGAGGCGAAUGAACUCAUUUAAUUUCAAGGGUAGCUGACUGAGAUACUCUGCAUGUGAAUCUGCAUUUGCUGUACAGCGAUCCACCAAUCAUUUUUUUACUCAGUUGCCAAUCAGACUACCCUGCCAGCUGUCAAUCAAAAUAAGAGAGGAGAAAACCACGCCCCUGCACAUUGAGUAAGUCGCUGGCGCUGUCAGUGUUUUGCCAAGAAACGCAAGCCCGCCGAGGAUUACUUUGGGAACAUUACUCAUCACUGUUUAGCCCCACAAAUAAGAACUGUAUGGGUUUUAAAUUGUACAUUUCCGUGGACCACUCCACUAAAAGUGGUGCAUGUUUUGCGAAGGGCAUGCAAUUUUCAGCAGCCAUGUGUUUCUCGGCAGAACACUGGUAACAACGAUUGCAAAAUGAGCAACGAACAUAGAAAACCACCGAAAAUGAGGACUUGUUGCCAAAAAGAAAAGCAAGGUCACUUAUCUGGAAUUAUUCAGGUUACAAGAAAGAUGAUGUCGUUGACCAAAACAUGUGUUCUGUGUUCAUCUGUUGCCACAAUAAAGUCCCAGCACAAUAAAAGCUAAAAAUAUCUCUGAGACAGACAGAAGCCAUUCUACUAACAUUCACAAAAAGAGGUGAGAUCAGUUCAGGUUGAUUGCCCACAAAAUUUCAGCAGUGCAGCAAAGCAUAAAGUGCUAUUCAGGUCAUCUGGUGAAAAUUCCUGUAUUUUUUAAUAUCGCAAAAUAUAUCGCAAUGUUAGUUUUUUCCAAUAUAAUGCAGCCUUAUCUUCUAAUUUAUUGAGAUGCACCUUUAGCAGGGGUUGAGAGGGCUAAAAAUUAAAGUGAACAAGUAAAGUAAAUCAGAGUAAACGGAAAACAUUGCACUGUGACCACCCCAGUUUUUUUGGACAUCUAUGCACUUCAUCUGACAGGUAAGACUUUAUGCUGUGAUGGGAUGCAUCAACUCAGGUCCAUUUCAGGGACAUUCACCCUGAAAUAUGUAGAAAUUGUCCAGGGUGAAUGUCCAUAAACAGCUCUUGAGCACUUAUUUUGGACAACCAUGUUUAUUGAAGGUCUAAAGCAGUCCCAUUUUAUAUGUAAUAUUGUAAACCUUGUUUGACCUGCUUCUGUAGUGAGAGGGCUGCACUAAUUUUGCUUUUAUUCAUAAAUUUAUGAACACAAUCAGAAGGCAUGGUGAUAAAUUCAAUCAGCUGCUCAUACUGCACAUUGUUCUUGGUCAGACAUUAUUGAUCUAGUUUAGAGAUUCUCAGCACAAGUCUAAUGUUAACAGAAAAGUGAACCAAAUUCAAUAAUAUUUUAUCAUGUUACACUAAAUAGUAACCCCCGGUUAUAUUAUCUACUGACACUGUUAGCAUGUACUGCUAUGACUACUGAUAUCUCUGUGCUUUAAAGGCAGCUUCUUUGCAUUUUAACACAGGCUUAUUAUUGUCAUCUGGAACAUCAGGUGCAGUACCUGAUGUAAAGAGAUUAAUGUGAAAGCUAAAGAUGAGGGGACCUUGGACAGAUGCCUGUGGAGUUCCCCCCUUAAAACAAUAGCCCUUUCUCAGUUGGGAGUGCAUAACCAUGGCAUAAUGCAUCUGCACUGUAACCUCCCUUUUGUUAGUUCAAGGCUAUCCCAGUAGGACAUUAUAUCUACAUCCGAGUUAGGGAUUUCAUAUUGCGUAAUGGGGUUGUAGAAGCCUGAGUGCUAGCAGGACCUUCAUAUGCACAGAGCUGUUCAACCCUGCCACUAUGUCAGUUUACAGGGACCCCUAUCCUGCUUCUGUAUACUCCUCUUACCAUUGACUGUAUAUAGAAUGUAUGCUGUCUUCCUCCUAGCUGGGUGAAGCCACCCCGAGAACAGCACCCUUUAGUGACUCGCUGCAGUAUAGGUCAUAAAUCCCUCCUCCUCCAGCCAUCCCUAUGGAGCUGUGAACAAACCUUAGAAAUUAAUUACACAGAAUAUACAUUUUUCUCCCCCCUGCUUGCGAUGUUGACAUGUAGUUACUGUGAGACUGGCUUGUGCUCAAGUUCUCUUUUUUUCUGUGCAGCUCCAUUUUUAAAAGUUAUCAGGUGGUUCAUGUUUUCUAUGAUUGGCACUUGAUACAGCCUAUGGGCGUACAAAGAUUAAGUAGCUCAGAAAAAAACGCGGAAAAUACUGAAAACUUUUUGGCUUCAAAUACGUAUACUAGCGGAGGGCGGAUCCAAGUUGUCCGUUGUCAGGGUUUCCCCUACAUGCAAUUGAUCGUGGCACACCACCACGACUAAAUAAAAGCUGCCACACCUAAAAAAAAAAAGUUUUAAUCUCACUUAGUUCUACCUUGGACUCAUAUGUAUCAGCAGUGUUCCCCUACAUUAAUUCAGCAGCGGCGCAAAACCACUGAUAACUACAAAAGCACUCACAGAGCACAGACCUCCGCCAAGCAGCUCAUGUCCCCCCUUAUAUUGUGAUUCACACCAAAACUUUUACUGUUACGUGUCUUUUAUUAACUUUUAUUUGUGUUUAAACUGGUAUGUUCACUGUUCAUAAUGUUCCUAAAACAAGAAAUGCCCUGACCCAGAUUCGAACCCAGGACCUUCUUGCUGUGAGGCUACAGUGCUAACCACUACACCACUGUGCUGCCCAUUGGUUAUCUUUCAGCAUUGAAAAUUUCAACAACACCCUUAUUUUUGUGUGUUCUGGAUCACAGUAUCCGGAAUUUUGUCUGGAUCAGGAUCAACCUUUGACACCUCAUAAAACUCAUUGAGAUCCUUUUGUGUCAUUUUUUACUAAAGACUCUGGCCAUUUUUAUAGAGUUAAAUGCAAAAAUUCCAAAAUUUGCCCUAUCUCACAAUGAUAGAGAAUCCUUCAAAAAAUUCCUGGAUCCGGAAGGCGAUCCAGAUCACCACCAAAAUGUAAUGGGAUCCUCCUGGGGCUGAGACGCACCCCUGGUGAAAAUUACAGGUCAAUCCGUCUGUUACUUUCUCCGUAAAGUUGUUCACAUUCAAACAAACAAACAAACAAACAGGCAAACAAACAAACCAAUGCUACCGAAAACAUAACCUCCUUGGCGGAGGUCAUUACGUGCGCCGCUACUGAAAUUUCACAUGAUCAUUAAUAUCAAUGCGCCACUAAUGAUUUUUUAUGUCACUGUGUGAGCACAACACACAGUGUUAUUUUUGACUUGUUUUGAGUUAUCAAUGAGCGCCUCUUCCGCUAAUGUGAAGGGUAACGUUGAAGCUUAUAUACUGUCUGUAUAGCGAGUAGCGCAGGUAACGUAACGUGUAUGUAACAGUGUAGCUCCUGGAGCGGCAAGAGAUUGGGAGUAACAACGACCCCCCCACCCCAACACACACACACACACCGCUGCUGCUGAAAAAAAUUCUAGGGGAGACACUGGUAGUAUAUACAGUCCAUGCGUCUUACCAAUUGCAACCUCCACUGGUGCCUGUAGUGACAUUUAUAUCUUGUGAAUGUCACCUUGAAAUGAGCUUAUGAGAAGUGGCAUCAUGUCUUUAAUCUUUGUGCACUGCAUUCUGUUUUUUUUGCUUGGAUUAGUAACGUUUAGCAAAAGUUUUUAAUUUUCAUAUGCGUGCACUAAAAUUUCAUAGAUAAUACGCACUUUAUAGUCUCUUAAAUCAGUUGAUAGGUUUGCAAAUUAUAUUUUUGUUGUUUAUGUGAGUCACAAAGAAUAUGCUUUUGUUUUAAAGUAUAAAGUCAAAUAUUCCUGUUAUUUAGCCUUUAAGCAGCUGUUAGUGGGGACAAGCAUUUCUCAGCUUGCAGUGUAGACUGUCUUACCAUUGACGUGUGGCAGAGGGAGUGUUUUCAAGCGGCUAGUUGUGGUAGUGGUUAGCGUGCCUGGCUCUCCUUUCUCCUAACACACACAGCUGCUUAUCUGACAAUCUGCUGCUGCAGCAUUCCAGCCUCCAGCUGUCCCAGGACACCCCACUCUCCCUCCGCACAAACACAUAUUAUUCACUUACAAACGUGCAUCUUUGGGACCCUUAGUGCCCCCCGCCCCCUCAUCAAGUGUUAUCGUAGAGCCAACAGUGUUAUAUCACUGACUUAAUCCUCGACCCGCAUUUGUAUGGGUUGAUUUAUGGGCUCCCUACAAAUUUAGGACCUAUCAAGUGAAUGAAGGAACAAAGGUGGAGGACAUAUAGGUGACUUAAACUUGUGGAACAGCUGAGAUGAGUGUGCAUGAGCCCCCUCUGUGCAGUGCCUGAAGGGCCAAAAGGAGCCCCCUCUACCUCUGGAGGAGAGGCUGGGAGGGGAGGAGGAGAGAGGCGCCUACCUUAGCCUAGCCUACAGUGUGGAGUACCCAUUAACACUGUUUAUUAGGGUUGUGUUGUUAAAAGCUAGGGGAAAAGGAAAACCCCUCGGGAGGGUGGGUGGAAGGAAAGCAUUGAGCUGUGAGGGUACAGAGAGGAUAAAGUAAAAAGGGCAGCUCAGGGCCCCUCGGUGAUCCCGAGGUGCGUCAGAGAAGGUAUCCCAUGUCUGCGUCAGGGGUUCCACUCAAUUGGCUGCGUAAAGACGGGAACCGGCAGAGUACAGCGAGGGGCGCAAACGACCCUUUCCUCCCUCCAUGGGCGGCAGGGGUAUUUUGGAAGAAGUUACCAUGGUUACUCCUUUGGCCUGGGAUUUGUAACAUGAUAGCCGGCUGCCAAACCGCAAUCUCAAAGUGGGAGAAAUUGUGCUUGCGUUUGCGAGUGUUGCAUGAAAGCCAUGUCUGUGGGUCUGUUAGGAAAGGACUAUGUGAAUAAAGAGAAACACGCUCUGUACCUUUUUUAGACCAUUGUGUAAAUGUGUCUUAUAGAGUUUAUUUAAUUCAAUUCAGUUUUUUUUUUUUUUUUUUUUUGGGGGGGGGCAUUGUCUUACCCUGCUCUUUUAAAGGUUGAACCAUAUCCCUGUGGAUUUCCUUAACAAUCACAGACAUAGACAGAGACACACUCUUCGUUACCUCUGUCUCCCACCCACACAGGGGCCUCCAGUUAGCCAGGGGAGCAUGGAGGGGGUGUUUUACAACCCUGCUCAGGGCUUUCCCUGAGCAGUGGGCUGCCUGGCUAGUGAUUAUAGCUACACAUACCACACACACACACACACACACACAUUCACACACACACAUGACUCAUUAUAGCGGAAUGUUUCCCUUGUUUUUCAUGUCAUAAACUGUUCCCAUAGCAAUGUCAGUUUCUCAAAGGGCUUGUUGACUUGACCACUGGUGUCCUCCUGAGAUCAGAAUCCAGGCAGAGAUGAUCGUUUGAUGCUCUAUUUAUGAGCGCUCAGUGACAACAGACUUUUUGGCCCCGAAGCAAAGAUUGGGGUGAGCUGAAGUUAAAUAAAAGUAAAAUUUCAUUUUAUGGUGCUGGGCCUUUAGCUGGUCCUGAUCACAAUUAAACACAUGCAACACAAACAUAUAACUGCACAUGGACUCAGCAUCUCCCUUGUCUCCCAGACUUGAAAAGGUCAGACAGGAGAAAUGGUGAUGUCAUCAUCAUCAUCAUCAUCAUCUCCAGCUGGAGAUGGGUUAACCCGCCUUCUGCAAUCAACAAGAUCAGACUGUGCUUUACCACGUGGUUUUCUCAGUCACACUGUGUCAUGAACAAAAAUGUGAAGUCAAAUGGAUUAGCUGCUGUAAUUAUAAAGCUGCAUGUCGUCCAAAGGGAAACUGAGCUGCAGUCAGAAUUGUUAAACUACAGUGGUAACUCAGGCUGAAAUGCAUUAUUGUCACAUGUUGUACUUUGAAUUUUCUUUUUGUUUGCAGAUUUUGUGGUGGUAAUAACUGAAAUAUGUGCAUCUUUAUUUGUGGUUGAUCGUUGCAAGCAAGCAAGUUGACUGAUGGUUGAUAUUUAAUGCUCAUAUCACAUUACAUCACAUUUUGCAUUUGAUGAAGUACAACAAUUAAUGAUAUUAAUGAAUGAGAAACAAAAACGCUGAACUUGAAUUAACAUUUCCGCAAGUAAAUGUAGACAGAAAAAAUUUAUUUGCCAACCCAUUAAUCAGUCUAUUUUUAACCUUAAUUUUCUGCAGCAUAAUACCAUGUGACUGACUGGUUUUAUUGAACCAACAACUUUAAAACUUGAAUUAGUUUAAGUUUAGAAAACUUGAAACAGAACCUGCAUUUGAAAAGUUGUUUAUGCUUAAAAAGAAUUUUUCUCUUUUUCUGUUUCACUUGUUGAUUAACUUUUCUAAUAUUUCCCUGUUUUGUACGGAUACGAUAUUACAUGAUUGGCAUUACAAACGCAACAGUGUCUAAAUCACAUGAAUAAGUCUUGAGGUGUCUCAUUUUGUGAAUUAAAUAAAAAAUCAAAUUACAGUCUUUUAUCACAUAUAUGCAUAAAAAGUGUCACAAAAUAAAAGAAAGCAAUGCUGCUCACUUAUUUUGCUAAAUCAUCCUCAUAUAACUUAGAUUAAAGUCUACACAUCGCUUUCUCCUCGUUACUGGGCUCUCCUUAAUCGCUCGGGUAAAAUCCGAAAUGCACCCACAGUAGUGAUGUGGUACGUGGCUUUGAAACCAGAACCAUCCUCCAUCUGACCAAGACGAGAGGUAAACAACGUGUGGCGGCAACGACGACGGUGCGUGCUGCAGCUGCUGGCGCAACACGAUGAUGUCAGACUCGGAUUAAAGUUAUUUUAUGUAACUUUGUGGAUAAUAUAAAUGAUGAACAAUAAUCGGGAAUAUGGGAAAUAACUGCGGUUGGCAAAUAUUGUAAUAAUUGCGACUGCCGCAUAUGUAAGCAGAAAAGCCUCUGUACAAACUCUGUUUCAACCCCUGCUGUUUUUGAAUGUUCUAGUGUCAUCUGACUGUUCAACUACAUUAACACUGCACUUCUCAUCUCCUACUGUACUGGUGAUCAUGAUCAUUAUAAAUGUGUUCCCAGUCUGAAGCCUUAAAAACAUUAACCUUUGUUUUAUCAUUCUUUCAUAUUCAUAAAUGCUGUACUCUCUGUUUUUAUGUUUCCCAGGCUCCAACAAGAAGAGGAAUCACCUAAACCAGAAGGUGAAGCAGCCUGACUAUAAAGUGGCCUACGUACAGCUGGUGAGAAGACUCAAAGACACUUUUGCAAUCUUGCAAAUACACUCAUCCUUCGAGUCCAAGUCCUCUCUGGUUGCUGUGUUGUUUUGGUAGCAUUAGCUUAUUGACUCCUGUCCAGUGCACAGUGGGAGGUGGAACCCUCUCCAGAAACACACACUCUCUUUCCCUUUGACACCCAGCCCUCUGUAGGCUGCUGUUUUUCUUUCUAAUUGUCGAGGUUUCGUUAUUAAACACAACACCCAGGGGGAAAGGGCAUUCUGGGACUUGAGCUUUUGGCUUUUGUGUCAAGGGCUGUUUUUGAAGGGGGGGGGGGGGGUUAGGUUGUAGGUUGGAGAGGUGAGGUGGCUUAGUUGGUGUACCUUUGUAGAGCCCUCAGAUGAGGCAAAAUUUGAUGCAAGCCCUUAAAUGCCGAUGGUAUGAGCAGACACACACAUAUAACAAAAUGACUGUUGCACACACCCUUCAUAGAAAUGUAUCGAACAAUGUCCCAGCGCUGGCCUUGGUCAAUUGUAUUCUCUGUUUAAUUAAUACAACCUCUCAUGCAAACACUCACAAAUCCACACCCCCACCAACACAUCUCUCUCUCUCCUGUGUGGUUCACAGUCUCAGGCCGCCCUCUUGGGAAAGCAGCCGUCUGGGUUCCUACUGGGCUCAAGGUUGAAAGGUCCUCUCUGCUCACAUGCCAAACUUAUUACAGGACAUUAUGAGAUAUGGUUAUCAUCUGGCGUAGCUUUCUUUUCUCUCUGUGUUGUGCCAUUACUGGAAUGUGAACAGUCAUGAGCACUUAGCAUGCGUGUGUUUGAAGGGGCACUCCCCAUGGCGGCGUGGCAGCCCAGACUUCAUCAUUGCGUAAUGGCCAUUGCCUUCACACCUGUGUUUGAGGUGAGAUUUGGGUCAGGAAGGCCCGGUCCCUGCACGUCUUGCCAAUGUUUGAAGUCUUUUACCCUUUGAAAUCAAACAACCCCCCCCCACCCAAAAAUAUGUAAAAAAAGGUCAUUGUUUUAAUGCUCCUUUGAUGCAGAUGUCAAAAGCAAUGGGCCUUUGUUUUGUUCCUUCCGUUUUGAUCUUGCCCAGAUAAAUCAACAGCGGUGUAGACGCUUGUUUACACCCCGCCGCCCACCCGACUGGGAGCCAUCAAUCUCGAAACGGAUGAAUAAUGAAAAUUGUCUAAACCCAACAAUUUGAAAGAGGAUACAUGCUCGAAGCAGCCAUGAAUCUUUUAAAGGGAGACUUCCUUUCUUGUGACACCAAGAAGGUGGCCCGUGACUUUGUGCAUCUGGAAUUCCUUACAGGAGUCAGAAGUGAUGCUCCUGUCUCACCAGAAUCAAACGACAGUGAUAAGAGGGAGGAUGCAGAACAGCAGACACACAUCUGUGACAUUUGUGCAUCACCCAAGCAUGCAGAGCCCCAAAGGCCGAAUACUUUUCCUUGAAUGUCAUUCACUCCCUAGCUGCAAUCACGUCGUGGUUUUCGGGAGUCAUGAUCAUUUGAUGAUGAACAACGGGCAGAGAGACUGAGAUGGAGGCUCUUUGUGUUUGAAACAGCUCGAUAUAAAAACAAAUAUCCGGCCUAUUUCUCUGGCAGUUUUUCUUUAAAAAAAAACAACAAAAAAAACAGGCUCUCAAAACUCCCCUUCCUACCUCACUCUCUUUCUUGUGUUUGCGCGCACACACUUGCAAAAACUCACACACACACACACACACACACACACACACACACAGCCCCAGAAAACCCUCCUUUCUUUUGCAGCGGUGGGUAGAAAACAAGAUUGUUCUUAAUUGACUCCACAUGUGGGAGAGUGUUCUGUGGGUCGAUGCUCACACCGCGGUCCCCCUGUUCUACCCUCAUCCUUUCCUCUCCCCCCUUCUCCUCCCUCCUCCUGCCCCCGCCAUCAGCUUAUAUAGCAGCGGUAAUAUGUUUGCACUCUCCCUCUCUCUUGUUCCUUCCUCCUGGUCUGUGGUUGAGGGGAGGCCUCCUGUUAGCGGGGUUCCGUGACGGCCAUUUUCCUCAUGCCUAGAGGAGGACCCCAGUAACAAGGAAAGAGAUAGCGUCUGUGUGAAAUGUGCAUUUCAUGUGAGGAAGUCUGUGUGAGAUUGUGUGUGCGUGCGUGUGUGUGUGUGUGAGUGGCAAACAUAGGGGAGGUGACUAAGGGGAUGAUGGAGUCAAGCCAGAGCAGGGAGGUCCAGAGACAGGGCAAAGUGAUCAGGGGCAGAGGGGGGCUGUGUGUGUGUGUGUGUGUGUGUGUGUGUGUGUGUGUGUGUGUGUGUGUGUGUGUGUGUGUGUGUGUGUGUGUGUGUGUGUGUGUGUGUGUGUGGUUGGUGACAGGGUGGUGGAGUGUGUGCUCGGUUGAUAAGAACAGCCAAACACAAUGACAAAUCUUGAGUCCAUUUCAUAGAUUUCUGAUGGUUUCAUGUUAAUCUCCAUUCUGACAUUAUUGAAGAGUUCUGGUUUUCAGUUUGUAGUAGGUUUGUAGUCCCAGUUGUGUUGACCCAUCAGGUUUUGUUGUUUGCAGGAAAAACAGUCCAUGUGGAGAGCGUUAGCAUGCAGGUGGAGCACACACUGCUGCAGUGACAUCCUGGCUCCUAUUGGCAGUAAUCUGAUGAUGAUCUAUCCUAUAUAUUUAUACAAGAGCAGCUGACAAACUGUUCUGGAUCAAAAAUACAAACUUGAGCAACAAACAUCUUGGACACAGUGAUGCAAAAUCUCAUCAGAAGUUAGAUUUUUAGAUUUCCUUUGGUGCUUAAGAAACGAUUUAAUCAAACUAUGUUCAUCAACCAUAAAUUUUAAACUUCUACUUUUGAUUUGUUUUCUCUUCGCACUUCUACUUUGUGAAGAUCUCUAUCACAGAGUUAUUUUGGCAAACUUUAGCUCAGUUACUUGUAAGGAAAUCACUCGGUUUUGUUUUUGGCUGCUGUUGAACUGGGACCCAGUACUACUUAAAACAAUGGGCACCACUGUGAGCAAUGUGAUGGACAACAAUGUCGACAUUAUACUAGACUGCAGACAUGAAAACAGACCAAGAAGGAAGUCUUGGUUUCCAGUUGUCUUUGAACCGGCUAGCUUACAGUGAAAGGACUUUUGCUUACAUUGAUCGUCACAGUUGAAGUUUCGUGAUUGGUUGUUUGUCAGUUUGACAAUCUGUAUGUAGUGAGAUAACUGUCUCUGCUAGGGCUGUAAAGUCCUAGUCGACUGGUCAACUUAUUGGUCAAUGCGUGCUAAAGUUGACCAAAAUUCUGAUUGGUCGACUUGAUUUUUUUCGCAUCAGUUUACAGUCUAUGGUUUAUUUCAUCAGGGGGAGCGUACCAGGUGCUAAUGGGGGUGUUUUCAGAACACUUCCGUUUCACAGGUAACAGCCUGUCUCAGAACAACCCCCUUGUUUUCACCAUUUUGGAUUCGCCCAACCCACAGGAGACCGGCUGGAGACAGGAAGUUUGAAGAAAGUCCACAUGAAUUAACGUCCGGCGAUUAGCUGUGUCCAAAAGUGCUAACCAAGGUUGCUUUGCACAGUAACACUUCAUGCUCAUUAUCAAUAUACUUGAGGGACAGCAGAUACACACGUGGACAAAAUUGUUGGUACCCCUCAGUUAAAGAAGGAAAAACCCACAAUUCUCACUGAAAUCACUUGAAACCUACAAAAGUAACAAUAAAUAAAAAUUUAUUGAAAAUUAAAUAAUCAAAAUCAGCCAUUACGUUUGAAAUGUUGAUUAACAUAAUUAUUUAAAAAAAACAAACUAAUGAAAUAGGGCUGGACAAAAAUGAUGGUACCUCUAUAAAAGAUUGAAAACUAUUUGACCAGAGUGACAUGAUUAACUCAGGUGUGUCCUUUAAUUGACAUCACAGGUGUUUCCAAACUCAUAAUCAGUCAGUCUGCCUAUUUAAAGGGAGACAAGUAGUCACUCUGCUGUUUGGUGAAAAGGUGUGUACCACACUGAACAUGGACAACAGAAAGCGAAGGAGAGAAUUGUCCCAGGACAUCCGAAAAAAAAUUAUAGACAAACAUCUUAAAGGUGCAGGCUAUAAGACCAUCUCUAAACAGCUUGAAGUUCCUGUGACAACAGUGGCUCAUAUUAUUCAGAAGUUCAAGACCCACGGGACAGUAGCCAACCUCCCUGGACGUGGCCGCAAGAGGAAAAUUGAUGACAGAUUGAAGAGACAGAUCGUUCGAAAUGUAUCCAAAGAGCCCAGGACAACCUCCAAAGAAAUUAAAGGUGAACUCCAAGGCCAAGGUACAUCAGUGUCAGAUCGCACCAUUCGUCGUUGUUUGAGCCAAAGUGGACUUCAUGGGAGACGACCAAGGAGGACACCACUGCUGAAAAAAAAUCAUAAAAAAGCGAGACUGGAAUUUGCAAAAAUGCAUGUUGACAAGCCACAAAGCUUCUGUGAGAAUGUCCUUUGGACAGAUGAGACCAAACUGGAGCUUUUUGGUAAGGCACAUCAACUCUAUGUUCAUAGACUCAAAAACCAAGCAUACGAAGAAAAGAACACUGUCCCUACGGUGAAACAUGAAGGAGGCUCAGCAAUGUUUUGGGGCUGCUUUGCUGCAUCUGGCACAGGGUGUCUUGAAUGUGUGCAAGGUAAAAUGAAAUCUGACGACUAUCAAGGCAUUCUGGAGAGAAAUGUGCUGCCUAGUGUCAGAAAGCUUGGUCUCAGUCGCAGGUCAUGGGUCUUCCAACAGGACAACGAUCCAAAACACACAGCCAAAAACACCCAAGAAUGGCUGAGAGAAAAGCGUUGGACUAUUCUAAAGUGGCCUUCCAUGAGCCCAGAUCUGAAUCCCAUUGAACAUCUGUGGAAGGAGCUGAAACAUGCCAUUUGGAGAAGACACCCAUCAAACCUGAGACAACUGGAGCAGUUUGCUCAUGAGGAGUGGGCCAAAAUACCUGUUGACAGCUGCAGAACGCUCAUUGACAAAUACAGAAAUCGUUUAAUUGCAGUGAUUGCCUCAAAAGGUUGUGCAACAAAAUAUUAAGUUAUGGGUACCAUCAUUUUUGUCCAGCCCUAUUUCAUUAGUUUUUUUUUUUUUUAUAAUUAUGUUAAUCAACAUUUCAAACGUAAUGGCUGAUUUUGAUUAUUUAAUUUUCAAUAAAUUUUUAUUUAUUGUUACUUUUGUAGGUUUCAAGUGAUUUCAGUGAGAAUUGUGGGUUUUUCCUUCUUUAACUGAGGGGUACCAACAAUUUUGUCCACGUGUGUAGAUCAGGGAACCAGAGAGAGAAGGGGGUGCCAUGUUGGAAAAGAGUUGAGGGCUGCCAUCAGGACAAACUGGUUUCCCUUAAAUGUAAUGCUCAUUCAAGAUAUACAUAAUCCAUCAUCUUUUCAGUUCCAUACAGAGGCUGAUGUCUGGUCCAAAUGUGUUUCCCUUCUCAACCUCUGGGGAAGGUCACUCUUCAUGCCCAUGUGAUUUGAAUGAGAAUUUGGUUUUAAAGGAUGUAAACCCCUCUCAACCAUCACUUGUGAUUCACACUCUCUAAAGUCUUUUGGUUUAUCUUAACUUUGAUGUGCACAGUGCUACCAUCCUCACUUAAACCUUGCUUUCAUGUGAAACCUUCCUUAACCCAACCUGGUGCUUUCUAUAAAAGAGAAGGGUGAGCACCUCUGAAAUUAUAGUUAGUUUUGAAUGUUCUUCGUCAUUGUGUAGCAACAUUAUUGCCAGUCAAACAUUUAUGAUAAAGUGCUCUCUGCCUGGCAUGUAAAUGAAAAGGCUGUGGUGAGUUUUGGUCAGAGGAGGAGUUAUUUUCUCUCUUUAGAGUGGCAGCUAGUUUGCAAGAGAGCUUUGCUGGCUGGUGCCAGCUGCAGCACUUCAGUGGGCUGAGUGCUCAGAGUGCAUGUUGAAAGCUCCCGGGGGCGACGUUGUGAAUAUAUGAAUGGGAUGCCUGACCAGUCUCAGCAUUUCUGAAUGAUCCAGUUUAGUGACACAAUGUGCGGGAAAUGUCACAUAGAUGCAGUAAAAGUAACACUGUCCUAUCAGCAGAUUGGCUACAGCUGGUGAGAUUGUUCAUCUGACAGAAUGAUCUCAUUUAUUCAUCUGGGAUUCAGUCUUUCUUAAGAUAAGGGACCAGUUUCUAAAACAUUGUGAAAUUACUGUAUGUCUGGAACAUAACUCUUAAGUGUAAACAGAGUAGAGUAGCUAUUGGCGAGUAAAUUUUCUUUAUCGUUUUCUCUGAAGUCUGUGAUGAUAUCAGUGUAAAGGCAGGAAUCUCAGAUAUUUUCUCAGUGUUGUUUUCAGAAGAGGUCAAAAGGGAGCAACAGUUGUGUUCUUUACGUGUUGGGCACUGCAUGGCACUUCCAGACACCUGUGGGAUGUUAGGAAUAAUAUCACUCAAAAAUCCAUAUUAGUCAAGUGCUGUUUGACACCUAAUAACGUCAGAGUGAGAUCAGAAGUUCUUGUGCGCACCAAUAGAAAUAUGGGCUCACUGGAAAUCCGUGUGUGUGCGUCAUCUGUAACCUGAAGAUAAAAGCUCACUUCAUACAGACAGAGAGGACUGUCUGCAGAAAGGCCAAAGAAGUGAAAGUAGGUGGGUAGAAAUUUUUACAACAAAAGGAAGAGGAGGCAAAGAGAUGGUCCAAGGUGUUGUAAUGACGCUGACCUUUGUCGCUAUGAAAGAAGUUUGUUUACUCAUUUAAAACCACUGAUGUCACUGUUUUCAGAGUAGUCACGAUCAAGCUGUCACACUUGUCACACUUACACUCAUUUUAAACAGUUCUUUUAAUAAAAGACUGUAUCAACAAUGUCAUAUCAGAACACCAAUACAGUGCGCUUCAGACCUUUUUCCUAUUUUCCCAAAAUGUUUUAUUUUUUGAACAGUUUAAGAAGUUGUGAAAUAGUGGAAAGAUGAAGAAAACAAUAAGUUGAAAACUUUUGUUGAGAGUUGAAUAAAUAAGUCCUCUUCUCAUUGCAUACUCCUAAAUUUCUUUUUCCUCUGGGGGACACAAGCACCAAUGUAAAGGCAGCUCAACAUUGCUCACUUAGACAUUAGUAUGUCUCCAUUACUGCUUGUUUGCCUGGUGACCUUUUUUUCCUUUUUUUUUUUUUGUUUUUUUACUUUGUGAAUAGGUUGUCAGUGUUUCUUUCUAGGACUCUGGCCUCUCAGAACAGUGCUUCAAACCAGUUGCACCAGCAAGACUGCCUGGUGCCCAAAGCAAUGUAGCGACCGAAAGACCACAGAACAAAACAAGAUAUGGGGCUGAACCAACAGCUGUAGAAUAAGUGGUAGCUUCAAUCAAAUUGCUCAUUUCCCUUGUUUCUUUCUGUAGCUUUCUCCGCCCCCGCUAGGUCCAUAGGGAGGGCAUCACUUGAAGUGAAUGAGAGAGACAAACAAACAGAAAGAGAGACUGCGAGGCAAACAUGGAAGAGUGGUGACACAGCUGAAAACAAGAGAGAGAAAGAGAGAGAGAGAGAGAAAGGAACAGCUGUAUUGAGGAUGAUUAAGACCAGGUCUGGCUUUAUCCUCCGUUUGACUGACACUAGAUGGCAACGUUUUGCUGUACAGCUCCUCUCAAUAGCUUUCCCUCAUCUUCUAUCUGUUAUUGACUCCUUGUUGCCUAACAAUAGACCCUCCAGGGUUCAGUGACUGUGUGUAUCUGGCUUGGCUGAGGGGUACAGGAUGGGGGGCUGCAGAAUGGGGGACUGCAACCCCCCCCCCAUGUUCCUGUUCAGAGCGAAGCCCCGGCUCUUUGGAGCAGGAGGUGCUGAAUCAGGCAGAGGGGCCGAGGAGGGAAAUCUUGCUUAUCUGUAUGGAAUUUUAUUAUUUUCAACUAUUUGGAUCACGAUGGCUCCCGCUCUCUUUCCCUCCCUCUUCCUCCUUUCCACCUUGUCACGCAAACACAGCCUUUCCUCACACAGCCUUGUCUGUCUGCCGCUACGCUUCCUUCCCUUCCCUGUGCUGCCUCACCCUCGCUUAUCAUGCCAAUUAACAUUUUUAACUUCUGCCACUUUUCCUCUAGAACUCUCUUUUACCCUGCAUCUGCCUCAUUUUUCACUUGUCACAUGGCGGUGAACGGUUCAUCAUAUGAAAAUUGCAUUUUCAACACUUAACAUUCAAAUUUCUAGCAGAACAAUAUUUCUCUUAUCUUUUUCAGUCGCCCUAAAGCAGGAACUAACUUGGCUCCAAUUUCACAGCUAUCAUUUAUACAUAAUAUCGGUAAAAUUGCAACUGUUCUUUAUAAAUUAUUUUUAAAUUUAAAGGGCAUCGACUUAUGGGAUUUCUUGUGUAUAAUAAUUCGAAAAAAAAAGUCAAAACAUACAAAAAGCCAAUUAUUAACUCUUAACACCAACAAUAUCAAAAAAAUACAAAUAACCCUCUAGGCCAUGACAGGAGAAAGUCAGCCGAUGCUCUCUUUGGUUUAAAGCAGCUGACAACCGUUAAAAAGAGACUCCAGGGAAAAUAUUACAGGAACAUUUCAGUCCUCUGCUUGGAUAGAAUUUUGUUCUUUCAAUUUUCUCAUACCAGUAUUUGACAAUCUUUAAUCUAUUUGUCAAAAUACAACUUAAAAAACAGUGCAGUUAUCAAGAAAAGCAAACCAAGGUAAGUUUUCAGGAGCAUUUUAUCCAUUGAUGUAACCUCAUCAACUGUUGACAUGACUGAACAAAAAGAGUGCACACGAUGACAGUGCAUGGGUAUCAGGCAAAUAAUAAUAAUUAAAAAAAAGCACAUUAAUAAUUGGUUUAAGGACCUCAGGAAGAAUAGCUGAGGCUCGACCAAGGCUAAUGAGGAUCCCAAAUAAAUCAAAUCAAAUCAAAUAAAAACACUUUUCUGUUAUCAGUCAAAUCAUGCUGAGAAAAUGCUUAUGUAACAGCAGUCCACGGUUCUGAAGUCAUGUGACAUCUUACCUUUAAGAAAAGGUGACAGUCCAAAUCAUAAUCCAGUUUAUUAUCUACAUAAGAUAUGAAAGGACUACACAUAAUUAUAAAAAAACCUCUGCUAUCUAACAUGACUUAUUUUUGUGAAGAAAGCCUCAGCCAAAGUAACAUAAUAAAGAAAACAUUGACAUUUUUUAAUUGUUUUUCUUUUUGUAUUGGCUGAGAAGUUUGUAGUAACAGUUCAAAGUGAGAAAAUCAGAAUCGCCCUGGACUGAGUCAUGCAGCUUUACUCUGACUGAAACGUAUCUGUCAGCAUUCUGCGCAUAUAAAUCUUUGGAGGGAAGGAAUGGGCUGAUGCACUCAUUAGCGUGUGUACGUUUUCAUGUACGUGUGUGUGUCUGCACGAGCACAUAAGCUGUUGGUAAGCUAAUAAAAGGAGAAGCUUUUCCUGGCAAUCAGGCUUUGCCGAAAGGCCCACCAUCACUGUAUGUCUCCUGAUUUGAAAAAAUUCACUCUUCAGUAAAAUCCUGGGUGUGUGGUACUUUGUGUGUGUGUUUGUGUGUAUGUGCGUACAUGUAGGUUUCAUAAGAGCUCAGGAAAAGAGAGAACAUGAAUUAUAGAGAACAGAGCAAGGUCUUAACCAUCCGGUUUGGAUUUUCACACGCAAACCUUUUUUUGAAUGGCUUCAGUCAAGGCUCUCUGUUGUUCAUUUUUACAUACUUGAUGCUUUGCACCUUUAAUAGCUAAACAAUAAAUAUGCUCUAAAUGUCAGGAAAUGAUGAUUGGUGAUUCUUUUUGAGGGUUUAAAAAAAUCCAAAAAGCAGAGCAGUAUAGUUACCUGACUUAACAACAAAUAAGAAGCUCAGUUUGUUUUCAUGAGAAGUAAAACAGUUUGAUCUGAAUAUCUUUUUAUCUCUUCUUCCUUCUCUGUGACUCUCAAUCCUCUUUUCCUUCUCUCCCUUUCCCGCUAUCCACUGAUCCUGACUUUAUCUCUCUCCACAGCGUCCUCUCUCAUCACCCUUAUUUCCUUCCACAUUUCCUCCAGGUCCCCUUUAUUUAGAUAGCCUUGGACGCGCACACGUUUGUACCAACACGCGCGCUCACACACGCACAAGAAGGGCAUGUGUGUAACCUUUCUUGAUUACCCCUGACCUGUAAUGACACAGCUGCUACUUUGAUCAGCCAAUCAGCAUGCGGCGCCACCCAGGUUCUCAGCAGGGCUGCCACUGGCCUGAUAAAGCUCUCUGAUAGGCCUCUGCUGGUGCAUUUCCUGUUUUGGUAUGCUUCUUUGCUUUUUAUUUUCUCCACCAGCUGCUCCCUGCAUUCCUAGGAAUCGGGGAGGGGGCAGGGGCAUUGCCUGGAUGUUUAUGUUGCAUGUGCAUGUAGGGGUGAGUGUGUGUGUGUUUUGAACUGAGUGUUUGUAUGUGUUGUGUUGUGUGUGAGGAUGUGUUUGGUAGCCUAGAUAGAAAGGUCUGAGGCUGAGGGGGGCGGGGUAAGGUUAAGGGGAUGCUUGAAAUUGGGGGAGGGUGUGUGAGGGUUGUUUACAUGCAUUGGCGAGAGAGAAAUGGGGUACAUUGUGGGGGCGGGGGGGGUGGAUGACUUAGAUGGAAGGGAUAAUGAUAGUGAACAGCUGUUUGUGUGUGCUUACGUGGGUGUAAUAGGGGUGUGGGGUUGAGAUAGGUGAGGUUUAGGUCACAUUGGACUGACAGGGACUGGGUGCUCACCUGAACUCGAAGAUGACACGACUGAGAGUUUUGGUUGUCUUUUGCUGAUAUGGACGGAUUUGUCAUUCUUUGCUUUGUGUUGUUAUCCUUCAAGGGUCCACUUCAAGACCAGAUGGAUGUCUUAGUGGGUGAGUGGGUGUGUAUUUAGAUGCUGAUGAUCUGUUCCCGAGAGCUCUGUUACCAGGGUCCAGUGUCUCCAGUAGCAGGCAGGAGGCAGACAUGUCCAGACAUGAAAACAGUCAUGUGCACACGCAAACGCACACGCAAACGCUUUCUCCCUCACACCCUCUGUUUGUCUCUGGGCAGAAGUAUGUACCAUUGGACCCCUAUGUCAGAGGGUCACUGGGAGAGAUGUGGAGGUAUUUUCAGUCAACAUCAGAGGUGGUGUUUGCCACCUGCCUCACUCCUGCUCUUUGCUUCUUCUUUAUUCUGUCAAGUUUGCUCCCUUGGGCCUCAGCAGCGAUAUAAUUUCCUGUAUUUGUUAGAAAAAAAGAUCAUGUCAGGUAUCAAAACUCACACUGAUUAAACCCUGUAGGAUUUCUAGUCUGUCAAAUCUUUUGUGAAUAUGAUACUCAGAUAAGGACCCAGAUGUAAUGCCACACUAGUCCAGUCAUUUAAUAUGUUGUAUUUAAAAUGAUCAUUUUUCAAUUCUUGAUGACUUUAAAUCCAGAAUUUUUCAAAAGCAGGAUGUGUUGUCAAUAAGGCUAUAACUGUACAUCUCCUAAAUAAAACUAGACCUGCUUUUCGGAGAUAGCAACAAACCAAUAACAUUAGCAAUACAUGAAGAAAUAUAGCAUGAACAACUAUAAUGAAUACAAUAUGAUUCAUGCAUGGAAUAAUUACAGUACUGAAUGCAUUCCUCUGACUCAGCAAAGACAGCAUUUGUGUCAGAUGAGAUAAGAACAUGCGGUAUUGGCAGUGCUCAUGAUGUUCUUGUCAUGAUAAGUUAAUUAAAUUUGGUUAAACUGAAUUAACGUCCAGUUGACAGACUGGCCCUGUCCUUGUUGACCAUGUGUUCGAAGAUUAGUUUUUCAUUUUGACCCUUUAAUUUUCCAAUAAAACACUGAUGCCAUGGCUGUAUGAACAGGAAAUGCAUCACCAGAGGAUGGAGAAAUCCUCUGAAUUUUUUGUAAGGACAAAAGCCAAAACAAACCUUUUUUGCCUGCAAACACUAUUCCAAAUGUUUUCUUGUCUCCAUCAUGUGGUCCGUAGGUUAUGAAUGUAAGGACUGUUAAUAUGAAUGAAUUAUAAACUUGUCUGAAUCUGAAUCUGAAUCCGAAAUGGAGAUGCAGAAACAUACUCUGCUGCAAUCCAAGGCUGACCAAGUUAUUUGCCUUUUGCCGGGCUGUGGAGGAGAUGUCAUUGUAAUUGGAGGGAGGGUCGAGGUCGUGACCCUGAAUGAACCCACAGCAGGAUGCUAUUGGUUAGUGGUCUACUCUUACCACUUAUCUGUCUUUUCCAGAGAAGGAUGAUUUCACUCUCCUCUCUCUCAAAACAGUUUUUUUUUUCACAACCAAAGGCUCAAGAGGUUCUCAUGUUGUUUCUCAAUGUGACCUCUUCACCCACAAUUUUUUUUAUAACUAACGAUUGACUCAUUCUCACCUCACCUUCCCUGAAAAGAGUCAACAAUCCCGCAGACAGCAGUCCAGUUUUAUUUGUCUUUUGGCUUUGAUUUUCCUUACCCCUUCACUCUCCCUUCUCAUCCCAUCUCCCCUUCUCCUCUGUCUCCGACUCUUCCUGGAAUAUUUUCUACCAGGAGGUCUGGAUAGAGGCAUAGGUCAAAAAAGUGUGUGUGUGUGUGUGUGUGUGUGUGUGUGUGUGUGUGUGUGUGUGUGUGUGUGUGUGUGUGUGUGUGUGUGUGUGUGUGUGUGUGAUGAGUCAAAGUGAGAGUGAAUGUGUGGCCCACCCAGGGGCCUGGCUAUCAGAGCUGUUUACAAUCAUCAGGCUAUAUCUCUUCUUCUCCUCUUCUACCCUCUUUCACUGCCUUUUCCUUUUCUCCCUUUUUUUUCUCUCUUCUAGAUGAACCAAUAUCAGGCUUAAACUUUCCAGUUUUACAAUAUCAGCACUGGAUUCUUUGUAGAUGCUGUUAUACAAUUUGGGAUCAACAGUUAAGAGUGCUUACACCAAGGAUGUCUGAAGUCAUACCCUUGAAAUCUUGAGUCUUCUUGAACAGAGCUCACUUUUGAUAACCCACCUUUUUUUAUUGUUUUGGUGGGGGUUUUGCUUUUUAUACCAAAAAAUGUUUAAAGAGUGAAUAUGAACCAAUGUAACAAUAUACAGGUUAAUGUAGUGACACCGUUGAUGUAGGGAGAAUGAUCAAUAAUAUCGCAGUUACACAAAAAUAAGACCUUAAAACCAUUUUAGUGCAAAUACUUGAGCUGGACUCUUUGUUUAAAGUCAGUACAUUUCUGAAGAAGGUAGGCCAAUUGAAAAAUUACCCACUUCUGUUUUAGGGAAAUGCUGCUAGGCUUCUGUGUCCCCCAUGCAAGUCUAUUUGUUUAACCAUACACUUUUUAGAAACAUUGUAAUAUAACGAUUUCAAUUAAAUCAGUAAACCAAAUAUUAAUUUAAGCAAUCAAAAAAAUUACAAAAAAUUUUGUCUGAUUGUUUGGGAGUCCUGGAAAUUUGAAAAGAAAGAAAACAUUUCUUUUAUGUGAUACAUGCACGUAGGGUAAAAUAGUCCAAUGAUGCUUGUUAAAGAUGGAGAUCUAACGCCUCACCUGAGUUGCUUCCUGCCAUCUCACACAAUUAUCAAAGAUUAGAUUAACACAUAAUCGUUUACCUUUAAUGUUCCUUUAGCAGUUUGUAACAUUUUUAGUUGGUCAACACAGUUUAACCAUUUGCCUUUUCCAAUACCACACCCAGGUCUAGAAUACAGUAAUUGAUGUGUCAAGCUUGUUAAAUGACAUUACCAAUUCUGUGAACUCUCACCUGUGUCCCUCUGCGUGUCAGUGGAUAUUUAUGGCAGUAACAUUCAAAUCUUUGCUUCAAUUCUUUUAUCAUCAAUAUGUAUUUUUGAAAAAUACUUGAGUAUGUUAAAACUAUUGAAUAAUAUGCGACCAUGCUCUAACCAAGACAUGAGGGUGCUCAGAAUCAAUUAAAUAAUUACCCAGACUGUGUCAACCAGGCAGAGAGUGAGUGAAUGCUACACACAAACAAAUAGCAUUGAACAAGAUCAUUAGUGUAAACAUGGAUGUUACAUUUCAGUUUUUAGAGGCAGAAAUGCCCUUAGUCCACAGAUAUUUCACAUUUAUUUUAUAGGGGCAGUUUGUAGGGGUGGGAAUCACUGGUGGCCUCACGAUGCAAUAUUAUCACGGUACUUGGGCCACAAUACGAUAUUAUUGCGAUUUUUAACAUUUUGCAAUUCAGUAUUGUGAUACAAUAUAUUGAGAUAUACACUCACCGGCCACUUUAUUAGGUACACCAUGCUAGUAACGGGUUGGACCCCCUUUUGCCUUCAGAACUGCCUCAAUUCUUCGUGGCAUAGAUUCAACAAGGUGCUGGAAGCAUUCCUCAGAGAGCUUGGUCCAUAUUGACAUGAUGGCAUCACACAGUUGCCGCAGAUUUGUUGGCUGCACAUCCAUGAUGCGAAUCUCCCUUUCCACCACAUCCCAAAGAUGCUCUAUUGGAUUGAGAUCUGGUGACUGUGGAGGCCAUUUGAGUACAGUGAACUCAUUGUCAUGUUCAAGAAACCAGUCUGAGAUGAUUCCAGCUUUAUGACAUGGCGCAUUAUCCUGCUGAAAGUAGCCAUCAGAAGUUGGGUACAUUGUGGUCAUAAAGGGAUGGACAUGGUCAGCAACAAUACUCAGGUAGGCUGUGGCGUUGCAACGAUGCUCAAUUGGUACCAAUCAUCAUGGAUGUGCAGCCGACAAAUCUGCGGCAACUGUGUGAUGCCAUCAUGUCAAUAUGGACCAAGCUCUCUGAGGAAUGCUUCCAGCACCUUGUUGAAUCUAUGCCACGAAGAAUUGAGGAAGUUCUGAAGGCAAAAGGGGGUCCAACCCGUUACUAGCAUGGUGUACCUAAUAAAGUGGCCGGUGAGUGUAUAUAUAUAUAUAUAUAUAUAUAUAUAUAUAUAUAUAUAUAUUUUUUUUUUUUUUUUUUGUUGUACGAACUUUCUCCUGCUCUAUGAUGUCACCUCUGCCAACAUCACUGGACAAACAGUUGGUUUUAUUUUUCUAUUAAUCGACACUUGGUAAAGAAGGUCAUACGAUAUAUCACCAGACAAAAUAUUGUAACUUAAAUCGGUUUUCCUCCCACCGCUAACAGUUUGUCUGUCUGAUGCACUGGACAGAUUGUGAAACAGCCCCACCUCUUCAUUGAUGUAAUACCAUACUUGCAGUUAAAAAUGAUAAACCGACCAAGUACUAUCCUUGAAAACAGUAUUCCCUAUGAAAAUACCAGUCAAUGCUGGUGGAGGCAAGGGGUAGAAUUAGGCAGGGGCAGCCACUUCACACUAUUAUUUGCAGGAAAAAAUCCAGCUAUGUGAAACAAACAAAUGCAGUUGUUUUUGCAGACUGCACCAAGUUUAACUGGGGCUUGAACAUUUCAUCUGACUCUUGUGAAAAACUGUUUUCAGUGUGGGAAAACUUUUAAAACUAACUUGUUGUCUAGGCUUGCCAAGAAGAUGCAAUUUUAUUAAUUGCAAGCCUGGUUGUUCAUCUUUGGAGUGAACGCAAGCUGAGUUUGUUAAAACAGGAAAUGUAGUCUGAUAUCAUUACAAGAAACAGUCUGAAAAGUACUCUCACAAACACGCUGUCCAUUGUUUGGUCAUUUCCACAUGAUUUUAGGGGUACAAGGAGACGGAUGUUGACAUAGGACAGCCAGCAGUUACUCAUGCUUGGAAAGCCUUGCAUAACAAAUUAACCAAGAGCUAACCACAGCCUGAACAGAUCCAGUCAGCUAUUUCUUGUUAUCUGGUUUGAAGACCAGAGAUGCUAAAUCAUGGCAAGUGGAAGUGACACACCCACAGUGCUACGUUACCUAAGGAAAUGCAAUCAAGUUUCUUCCAGCUCAUUGGCUUCCAGCAUUUGUAAUCUUGUACGAUGACAGGUUGCCAAAACUCUGUCCAAUAAAUAAGCUGCUCAUGAGUCCAUCUGACUUUGGUUUACAAGCCCUGGUUCACUUGUUCUUGGCCAGCAUGAACUUAUAUGAACCAUCAAGAAACAUACUUCAAAAUUUGAUAUUUAAUUUGAUAAUUUACAGUCAGGAUAAAGACGCCACUUUGCAAAGAGUCAAGUGAACUCUCUUCUCAGUAAAUGAACUGCAUUUGGAGAAAAAACACGCUACCUCUUCCAGCAGGUCAAGCAGACCAAAAGUUGGAAUUGUUGUCAGUGUGUAUCUUAUACAUGUCUGGUUAGCAUUUCCUGGGAUAACUAGGGUUUACAUGGCCCACACACACUCACACAUACACACACCCUGUAGGGGGUUGCCCUCUAAUCCUGGUAGCCGCAUCACUGUGGUCUCUCCCUCGGUAGUGUGCCAGGCUUUACCAAUGUACAGUCAAAAUAGAAAAUAGAUUCAACCGCAACAUGAACACCUCUCCGUCUCUUUUUCAUUACCCCCUCUAAACACACACACACACACACACACACACACACACACACACACACACACACACACACACACACACACACACCAGUGCUCAGGAUGUUUCUGUGCUUUGCCGGAGCUUACCUCACCACCUCACCACACCACCACAGCAGCCGCACCAGCCGCAGCCUCAUGAGAUUUCUCACCGCAUCGUCAACACCUCUCUGUUUCAGUGUGCUGCCCAGAUUUGUCGAUACUCCAAUAACAACCACCAACAUCUGCUUUAAUUUUAUCGACUGCUGUGCGUGAACGGCUAUGCCUCUUGAUAGCUUUUGGAUUGUUCCAACGAAAAGGAUAUGUAGUCUGUCCAACAGUGAAAUGACUCAGGAUCUCAUUUUCAGACCACUUAAAGCCUUUACAGUUCCUGUGACCCCAUUGAAAGCUCCUCUGUUCUUUAAUUCGGUCAAGUGUGGUCAUCCAAAAAGUCAGUGUACUUGGCCUCCAACCCCCAGUCACAUCUUAUUUAGCUCCACAAUAACUUUUGCUGCUUAAGGUCUUGAGUGAGCACAAGAGAGAGGCUGAUCUCAGGUCGUAAAAGUGCAGUUUGAAAACAUUUCCUGAUUAAUUCAAUUCUUGGUAUGUCUAAAUAAGCCUUUCUCAAACUUUUUUUUAGCCAUGGCACCUGUCAAAAGUGCAUGAAUCUCACGGAACCCCAGUGUAAGAUAUAAAAACGGCACUGCAUAAUCUAAAUGUAACUGCAAAUGUCCUGUUUAUCUAGACAGGACUGUAUUAAUGAAUGUAGCACAAUACAAACUAAAAAUCACCAAAGACAAAAAUGUUUCUUUCCAUCCAUAGUGCUGGUUUCCAUCAGUGCCCCUGUAGCCUGCCCUACACAUACCCCAACCCCCACCCCUUUACACACACAGACACACACACACACACACAAACAGACAAUAAUCAACAAUGGCAGAGGAAGAGAGAUGGGCCUACACACGCUCAAUGUGCAGGCACACACUCACUAGCAUCUACCUUUGCGACCUUUGGUGCAGACUUAAAGCUGGUGAUGAAGGCUCACAUAAAGAAGUAGGCUGACUCUCUAUUUCAUAAUCAAUGAUGUUCGGUUCUUGUGGGUUUUUCUUAAAAAAAAAAAAAAAAAAUACAUUCAUGACACAGCUGCUAGUUCCUUGUUCUUUGUGAAAUCAAAUGUAUUUUUGCGGUUAAAUGAUCAAUCAAUCAAAUCAAAUUUUAUUUAUAUAGCGCCAAUCCACAACAGUCGUCAUCCCAAUACGCUUUUCAAAGAACAAGAGCAGGUCUAGACUUGUUUUACUUUAUUGUUUGAUGAAUUAUCAAGACCCAACCUAAGAUGGGAUUUGGCCCAUCUUUGGCCCAUCCAACAUGAGUGACAGUGGCAAGGAAAACCUUGCGGUAACCUCGGUGGGCUGGGCUAUUGAGGUUGUGGCACAUUAUUGACCAUGGUCAGGUGAGAUUGAUUUUUUUUUUGGAGUAUUUUUUUUUUUGCCGCUUUUGCCUUUAUUGAUCGGAUAGUUUGAAAAUAUGGGGAGAUAGAAAGAGGGGGGAGGACAUACAGCACAUCGUAGAGGCCGUGCGGGGACCGUGGUCCCCAUACAUGCGGCACGCUAACCCGCUUGGCCAUCUGCGCGCCCCACGUGAGAUAGAUUUUGAUGUAUCUAAAAUUAAUUUACUUGUUUAUUUAUUCAUGCACAUAUGUAAAAUAAACAUAUGAAUCUAUUCAUAUAUAAAAUGUAAGAAUAGGUCAUUUUUUUGACAGAACCCUUGACACAGUCAGUUGACACCCCAGGGUGCCACAGGACCCAAUUUGAGAAAGGCUGGUCUGGAUUAUCUGAAUGGAAGAAGCCAUUUGACCUCAAGAGUAGUUUUACAGCUGUUUAACAGUCCUCAUAGUCAUAAAACUUCUCUCCAAACCUCUCUCAUUCCAGAGGACAUAAAAUCUGAUUCUGUUCAUUGAGGAUAUUAAAAAAUGAAGUCAAACUACUACAAUGGGGUCAAAUAAUCAGCUCUGAAAGGGUCCUUUUUUAUUUUUUUAGAUUUGUAGUAUAGUUCUGACCGGGCUUACAAAGCCAUUCAAAUUCUAAUGUGUAUCUCAGCUGCCAUUUAAGGACAUGUAUGGUAUGUGGCUCCACAGCUGGUCCUGGUCCAGUCCAGUCUUGUCUUACGUACAUUUUAGCUCUCUAAGCAGCAGGUUGAAUCAGCCUUUUGUGUCCAUGGCUCCUCCUGACUGUGCCAUAAUGUUCUAUUCAGGUCCAGGUCAGAAAAGCACUGUGCACCGGCACCUUCCUGUUUUCAUCAAAGACAUUUUCACACAUCAAGCCAGGACAACUACGGCUUUCAUAUUUCAUACUUGAAUCUAAGCUUAUGAAUAAUAAAAGAGUCACCCCUUCACAUUUUUCCAGUAUUGAUUUCACAUGCAUUCCAAGGCUGCCGGACACACACAUUUUCCCAUUCUUUUUAACAUUUUUCUAUUUUUUCCCCUUCUCUUAACGGGAAAUUAUUACCCACACAAACACACCAGGACGUUUUUUCCCCUCGGCUGUUUUUGAGUUAUGCUCAGUUUGUCACAGAUCAGAAGCAAAGGUCAAUCAGAUAGAAUACAGUUGCCCUUUGUGUGUCUGUUUCCAUCUCUCACUCGGUCUUCUCUCUUUUCACUCUCUUCUUUCCCUCCUUCCCUCUGGGGCUCUAAACAGGAUUAUUACAGGAUCAUACACACAUUCACAAAGUCGGGUUGGAUCAGGGGACUUCUUUUUACAGCACCAAAGUGCAUUUGUACCAUGGAAACUCAAACUGAUUGAAAACAAGCAGCCAGUGACAAUUAAAGUUGGAUCAUUUUCUGAGUGUAAGUGCUGUGAAAACAAUACAGGCUGCUGCUUGUUUUAUCUCAUUUGACAGCUGUCCACAAUCAACAAGUGAAAGUCUGACAGUGGUCCUCAAAUGUGACACAAGCCAGACCCACACCUUAAAUACACACUUCCUGGAGGACCACAAGACAUUAAAUUAGAGCUUAAUAGUGAAACAUACUUACACACACACACACACACACACACACACACACACACACACACACGCACACGCACACACAGAGGGAAAGUGAGACUCAUUGGUUGGGAGUCAGUGACAACAUUAGCCUUCCCCUCCUCCCCCAUGUUUCUCUUUUUUCCCCAUUGAGAGGGAAAGUCUGGAUGUAAUGGGUUGUUCAUGUGCGUAAGAGGAGUAUGUUUACAUCAUUGGCAGCAUGGGGCCUCGUCUCUAUAUUCCUGGAUGGCAUCUUGAUCCAAUUGGGACCUUGAUGAAGAUGAUGGCAGAGGGAGGGAAAAUAUCCUUGCCUCGGAAGCAAAGAAGGUAGCAGAAAGGAAACCCCAAGGAAGCAAAUAAUGCCUGACCAUCUUUCUCCACUUUGGUCCUUUUUUGGACAGACCUUGCUCCCCUCCAUAAAUCACUCAUGUGCACUCGCACACAUAUGUUACACAAGACAAAAGCGGCUGACGGACACACAGGAAAGAUCCUCUUGGCGCAGAGUACAUGAAGACUGAAGGGACACAGGCUCAUGCUCAGGCUGCGCUGUGGUGUGAUGUAUACAUUUCAAACAAAAAUAUGAACGCUCUCUGCUAGUACUUUCUCUCACUGCGGAAAUGUGUCCAGCAGACGCUUGACACUCGCUUCAGCACGCACACAAAUACACACACACAGGGCGUGGCCUCCUGCCAAAAAUAAGACUUGUUUAACAAGUCUUAGUGCUUUGUUGAUUUCAAUCUCAGGGCUUUGUUGUUUUUGUGAAUUGCGCUCUUUGAGGCUGGUAUUAAUCUUCACCAUGUGUAUACACAAGGUGUCCAGCAUUGUGCAGUAUAACUGGGAAUUGUCAUGCAACAGCAUUUAGUUCAAGUCGGGUCAAGUCUAGUUUGGCUUGCUGCUUUAUGGUUCCUCUUGUUGCCAGGCCUGGUGUUUAUAGUGCUGUGGUUGACCCCCUCCUCAGUCAACACCUCUGUCCUCUUCCUCUGUCCCAGUCACUUCCUCACAUCAUUUGACCCCAUCUUUCUCCCUGCUGCCUCCUCCUCCUCUUCCUCCUCCUCCUUUCUGCAAUUUGUACUCCCGCGGCAAACGUCCCUUGGCUUGGUCCAGUGUUUGUGUUUUGGAGUCUGUGUUCCUCGAUGGCAGUGUGUGUGUGUGUGAGUGCAGAAAGACACUGAAGGUCUUGGCAGGACCACUGGUUUCCAGGUGCUUCUCUGCUGUUUGGCAGAUCUCUGCCUGAGUCUGACUUAACUCUCUACUCCUCAGGGGGUCUGCUCUCUGGUCUCUCUUUUCCUGUAUUACUACACUAUCUAGAGAACCUCCCAUAGUGUGUGGUGCAGGCGUUGCCGCAAGACAAGAACAGAGGAACAGUGUUGCUUUUGUUUUGAUUGAAGGUUUGCUUGUUUUGUUCUUGCUGCUCUUCAAAGCUGUUCACAGGGUGAAGAUUCAGGGCCUGUACAGAACAUCAUUACAAUAGUGGUUACUUCAGGGGGUACAAAGAUAAGUGGAUUUGGUUCAGAAACUGAUCCUAACGUUGGACAUCCCAGUGUCCUUAGCCAUGGCACCCUGGAUUAGUACAGAUGUCAUAUGGACUGUUUUUACUCUUGACUGUUGAGGUUUUGUUGUCUUCAUCCUGACUUUGACUUUUACCUUUAGGAGAGUAAGGGUAUGAUUAGAUUCAAUAGCUGCAGGUAGCUUUAGUUUUCUCUUUGGGUUCAGCAACACCAUUAACAGUCUCCACUUAAAGGGAUAUUCCAGUGUAAAUUUAAGUUAGGGUCAAACACACCGUAACAACCAGUUAGACACUCCCUCAAGAGAUGAAUGUUGCCGACUGCUUGCUUCUCUAGUUAUACCAACUUCAGCAAUGACCACAUGAUAGCAAUACACAGCGGUGUACCUCUCCAUGCACAAACCUAGGGCUUGGCGAUCAACUACUCCACAAGCUGCUCAUCUCCUCCCACAUUAACUAUGUCUACUUCAGCUGCCGCUCAAGUCUCUACAACUUUUGAACCUUCCUCCAUCUCCUCACCUGUCUUUCCCUCUUUGUUAUGGACUGGAUGGGGUGGAGUGUCGUCUCCACACAUGAGACCAUAGCCUACCUACACACAUCCAAAACCAACUUCUAUUUAUUUAUUUUUUAGACACCAAAUAUAUUGACAUGGGCAAAAUGACGUCGGUUAUUGUCGUAAAUUUUAGUAUUGGUAAAUUUUCGGUUUAUCGCCCAGCCCUAUGCAAACCUUGACCAAAAAGCCACUCUAUAGCACAAAUAAUGCUCAGAACAGCACCUAACUUCAUCAACAGGACAUAUAGGGUCACAACCAUAGGACUAGCCAUCAAACAUCUUUUUAACUUUGCCUGGUUUCUUUAGCAAAGAGACUAAACACAACUCACCCACUCUCCUCCAGCAGCCGCUUGUUUUGUGGGGAGCCCUGACGAGUCGAUAAAAGAAUAACCCUUGAACAUUUUUCCUUCCUGCAGUAUAUUUUGAAAUAUGAAAAAAAAUACAAUCAUUUCUAUGGGACCAAUACAAUGGAUUUGAACAACUUGUGAAAAACUAAAAUGUUUCUCAAAGAAAAGAACCUCUUAAUGAAGAGCAGUAACAAUGAUGCCUGAAUGUCAUAUGCUAACCACAUGUGAGAAUAAGAGAGAUAUUAUGAAAGGAGAAAAACAAUGACUCGAAUUGUUCUCAUUAUACUUUAUCAACAGCAUUUCUCUUCAAUCUGACCUGACACAAUGAGCUCUGUCAGAAAAUGUUUUCUUCCAUCUACUCUUAUUCUUAGAUGAGCUUUAAUACUUUUUACCAGGAAAAUAAAGUUUUGAAUUCUAGCAAAGUCCACGAGGGGUCACUUAAUAAAAUGUCAUAUUUCUCACUUGAGUACCAGUUGUGAUGGGAAACUUGGGUGUGUGUGCAUGAUGAAAAUACAAGAUUAUUUUGUAUUUCAUUAUGUACAAAAACACAAGGGUAUUAUUUUGUAAGACCAUUUUUUAUGACCUUUUAUUCAGUUUUUUUAAGUACAAAUUUACUCAUGAUGUACUCCAAAGAGAUGUAACAAGUGUUGGCUAACAGACAGAUAACAACAUAAAUGCUGUGUUUUACUAGAUUGCAGAGUCAGCUGCUAGCUCUGACUACACCAAUGUGCCCACUUUGGUUAUUUCAUCAUUAAAACAGUUACAUCGGAUCAGGAUAUUUUUAGUUAUUUUCCGUAUGUAACAGGAGUACAAACAGUUGGCAGCAACAAACUGGCUCUCUUCUUUUUACAGACUAAGGAGGACCAAAAAAUCCCAAACUUUAGAAAAAAAAAAACAUAGAUUGGUGCACAAAAAUUCAUCAAAAUGCAGGAAAUAAUGUUUGUAUGCUAAAAAUUUCAGAGGCAGGGACUCCCAGACCCCCACCCACCAUAUGUUCCUUGUGCUGGGGGGCUGUAGUUCAUCUAACUUGAUAAAACCAACUAUUUACAGGCAUUUACCAAAGAGAUGAAGCCUAGGAUGCAGAUAUUGUUACACUCUAACAUAACUUUCAAGUGUUCUGGUGUAUGUUAGGCAUUAGCUGUCGUACCAAAGAGCAGUCCCAGAAAAGUCUGUUUCAUGUCUUUCACAACAGAUUUCCAACAAGGUGAUCUUACGAACAGUUCCUACUUUGAAAAAAGCAAGUCCAGAGGAGAAGUGCCGACUUCUAAGAUGUGAGAAAAGCUGAUGGAAGGGAAAGAAGAGCGUGGUCCCUUCACCAAAUAUAUGAGAAGCCUUUUUGGGCUCAAAGUUUUCAAUGUUUUUCAUCAUAAUUCAUGUUUCCAUUUGCCAUCUGAUAAUCUGGAUAGUUUAAUCAAAUGGCUUUCAGGACUUUUUUUUUAUCAAUAUCAAAACUUUGAUAUUUGAAGCAGAUCCUUAGUGCUCCAUCAGGGUGUUUUCUGGUAACUUUACACUAGAGAAAAAUGCUGAAAUUUAGUUUGAAACCUUUUAUUUCCCUUCAGGUCCAGUCAUUGCUUCUUAAGCUCUCGGGUGAAUCCUUUUGUUUUGCGUUGUUUAUGAACCAACAUGCACAUAAAAUCACACAUUUACUGGUAAGUGUGCACAAAGCGAAAUAUUCAGUAACAGCAUAAACUUGUUGUAAUGCUUUAGGUUUCCUGAGCUGCUCCACCCUCCAUUCUCAAUCUUUGACAAAGUGAGUUUUCGUGUCGUCUCCCCCUUUGGGAAUUGAACCAUGCUAUGUGGUAAUUAUAUGCAUGUUUCUCUUGGUAUUUUGGGGGUUGGAGACACACCAUUCCUAUACGCCUACACGUUGACUCCAAACAAAAUAUUUCGCAUAUUUAAACAGAAUACUUGAUUGACAAUUGUGCUUAUGAAAGCUCUUCCUUUUAUUGUAAAAAAAAAUCAUGAUUUUUGAGUCCCUGUGGUGAUGAUAUUUGACUGUUUGUCAUUAUGGAGCGGAGACUGUUGUUCGAGGUAAACUACAAUGUCAGAGAUCAGUCGUUUGUGUUGAUUAGCGAUUAAUAUAAAAUGUAAAUACACAGUACAGUUAAGACUCCAUGAUUUCAUCAUCACUCAAUAUGAUCCAUUUAUAUGAAGCUGAGUCAUUUAAGGACAGCACUGAUUUGGCUCCAGAUUGAUAACAGUGAAUUCUUGUUGCCAGGUGUCCUUGGGAGAGGCUGAGAGGGAUAGGCUAUGGAUAUGUGUGCAUGCCUGCACCCAUUGACCUGUUAUUUUUGUGUGUGUGUGUGUUUGUGUGUGUGUGUAUGUGUGUGUGCUGCACUGUACUGUACUGUACUUCACGGUGGCCUGACAGACUGAGGUUGGACCUCGUGAUGCAUUAGCCAUGUCCAGAGAUGGGUUGGUAUGGAAUAAAUAAUGGAUACCAUCCUUUCCCUCUGAAUAAAUCAAGACCAGAGAAAUGUAGAGAGACGAGAGAAUAAAUGUAGAAGAGAGUUGGGGGAAUUGAACGCUGGAGAGAAAGAAGAGUUUGGAAAAGCAGCAUAGAGAACAAAAGACGUCCGUAUUCCUAAUUGGUAUCUUACAGAGAGUGCAUAAAGAAUGGACGUCAUCUGCCUCUUCAGUGGUUGAAGCCUUCGCAAGAACAGCACCCUCUGGUGACGGGCUGCAGGAUAGGUCGUAAAUCCUGCAUCCUUCCGCAAAAUAAUGGAGCUGUGGACAAAGUUUAGAAAUUUAUUACACAGAAUAUACUUUUUUUUUUCUCCCCUCUGGUUACAAUGUUGAGCACUGGUUUGUGCUCAAGUUUUCUUUUUUCUGUACAGCUCCAUUUUUUAAAAGUUAUUAGGGGGUUCAUGUUUUCUAUAAUUGGCACUCGAUACAACCUGUGGGCGUACGAAGAUUGUGUAGAUCAUCCAGGGGAUAUGCUGUUUGAGCCGAGCGUCAUCACAGCGACUUUCCCACUAAACCCGACUGAGCAAAUACCGGUUUCAGGAAAUUGAGAAAAUUCCAGAAAUACAGAGAGAAAUUUGGCUUCAAAUUUGUAUAAUGACGGGAGGCGGAACUACGUUAUCCAUACUAUAUACAGUCUAUAGUAUCUUACUACUAGUUACUGCAAAGGAUAGGAAACGGCCAAGGAAAAAAAGUUUGUCAACUGUGCAACAUUUCUUAUGUUAAAAUUUUUGACCACUGUUUAAACCAAAUCUUUUGAUUAUCAGGUAAAAAUAUCAGUUUUUUUCCUCAUUUUGCUCUUUGUUUUUUUUCCUCUUCAUCUAAGGCUCAGGGCCAGACCUUUACCUUCCCCGACAUCUUCCCAGAAAAGGAGAAGACGCCAAAGGAGGGCUCCAUGGAAGAGAUGCAAGAGAAGUUCAUGGAGGAUGAGAAGCAGAGGCAGAAACUGGACCCCAGAAGAGGAGGGGUUACUGAGUGGUUCGGACUUUGAGACUGCCCACCGACCAAGAACUCUGCGCUCGUAUGAAGGCAGGGAGUGUUUCAUUGGGAGAAACGUGUAUUGAUUUACAACGCAACUGUUGUGAUGUCAGUUCUAUUUCUGUGAGAAACGCUCACACGUCGUGAAGUAAAAGAGAAUGAGCAUGUGUGUGGGAGACUGGAGACAUGUGUUUGGUGUGUUUGUGUGUGUUUGUUUGGUGAGUGUGUGUUGAGUUUGCAAGGAUUCAAUCCAAAAACCUGAGCCAGAACAGAAUCACAGGAGGAGGAGAGUGGAUUGGUUCCAUUUUUUAUGAAACCAGCCCAGCGUACAGAAUCUCCAUCACCUCAGAUGACCUUCUCUCCUUUCUCCUCCCACUCUUCCUUUUUCUCCUCUUCUUUGUCUCUCCUCUGUCCUCAGGAGUUUCCUUUCCUUUCUCCCUCUCCUUCUCCCUCGCUCAAACUCCAUCUCCUCCUCUGCCAUACUGAGGAGUGGUACACUGUGGUAUCUCUAGCUACCCCGACUUUCUGCCAGCUGGAUCCACCUACCUGGGUAACCCGCAUCUUUUUUUUUCUUUUAUGAGUUUGCCUCGGAUUAAUUGACCACUUUAGGUAAACAACAAUCGAGAUGUUGUGUCAGCAAAGCAACAAUAUGGAAUUUGCUGGAGUGUUCUCUUAUUUUGUGGUAACACUUCUUGCCAUAACUCUGUGAGUUGUGUGUGUGUGUGUGUGUGUGUGUGUGUGUGUGUGUGUGUGUGUGUGUGUGUGUGUGUGUGUGUGUGUGUGUGUGUGUGUGUGUGUGUUUGCCUUACAUGCAGAGCUUGCCAGUGGAUCUUUCUUAAUUGUAAAUGCUGUUGGAGUAAGACUAAAUAAACACUCACUUGUCCAAAAACG